CGAAAUGUAACAAAAUGGCGUGUUACACACGUGCUGGAAGUAGAGCAUUUUAAGUUGUUAUCUUGAAAUCGCCUCUUAUUCAUUGGGAAACAUCAUGGUAAAGUCAAAGAAAGCUUCUGUCAAGCUUGCCAAAAAGCAACCCAAGAGUGAAAUCAAACAAGUGAAAAACAACCCGUUUGAAAUUCAUACAAACAGGAGAAAGCAUGACAUUCUUGGAAGAAAUCUCAAACAUGAUAAGGGUUUACCUGGAAUAUCACGAUCAAAAGCUAUAAAGAAGGUGAUUUUCGUACUAAAAAAGGGCCCAAACUAAAACGUUUCCUUAAGGGUGCAGAAAUGCACAUGCAAGUCCUCCCAGGCUUCAAAGUAUUUGAAACACUGUGUUUAAUAGUGUGUGUAGAUAUUGAAAACAAGUACUGAUUUGUUUUGGGUUUUUUUGGUUAUUUUGUAGAGGCAAAAGACACUGUUGGUAGAAUACAAACAGAAAAAUAAGGUUGGUACCUAGAAACAUUUUCUGGUCGAUGAUAUUCAAUAUAAAUGCAUUUUUUUUUGUUAAAACUGGAAACAAGUUCUUUGUUUAGCAAAAUCAACAGAGCGGGAAAUUCAAGUUUGAUAUGAAUUAAAUUGGUGUUAGGAAAUAAAACAAAGGAAAGUGAGAGUCAGCCUACAUGUAGGUUGAAACUAUUUUACCCUGAAUUUUAUUUUGACUUAAAACAAGUUACAUAGACCUAUCAUAAUGAUCAUGGUAGAAAGCACUUUUUAGUUAAUUAUUGUAGUGAUUGUUGCAAUUUAACAUAUCAGAAUGUACUCAGGCUGACUGUGAACUUUUUUCAAAGAAGUGCAUUCCUAUAACUGUUUAUCAAGAUGUUUUUUGAUAUAGAGAAAAAAAUAAGAUUGCAUGCUGUAACAGCUCAAAGCAAUCUGCUGAAAAGAACAUGGAAAAAUAAAUGAAAAUGGUCAGUUGCUUUUUAGCAAGGUGACCUUUUACAUGUAGGAUAAGGUUGGCUCUACUCCACAAAAUUCUACUCUUAUUCUGUCAUGCAUCUUCUGUAUAUCAGUAUAAUAUUGUUUAUUUACUUUACCCAAGGCAAAUAUGUUUAUUGAUCGCCGUUUUGGUGAAUAUGAUGAGAAGAUGACUCUUGAAGAAAAAAUGAUGAAGAGAUUUACGAUGGAGAAAAAGGUAUUUUUGUUCAGGGUUGGAAAGAGGUUUCAGGUAUUAUGUAUCCAGGGUUUUUUUAGUCUGGUGUAUGGAAUCUUUAACCUAAAAACAAAUGGUUUACCUGAGUAUUUAUUUAAUUUGGGUGUUUGGUAUACCAAGCUUCCUAUGGCCUUGGAAGAAAUAGGGAGAGUUUUGGGUGUAUUGUGUUGGCAUAAUUAUUUUCGUUGUAAUGAUAAAUUACAUGUACAACCCCCUGGCUGACCCUGCUUGGUGGAUUACAAUACAGUGUAGAUUCUAUUCCAACACCAAGUCUCGAGUCAGUUUUCAUAGAAGAGUCCGAAUUCAACAAUGUUGCAUGACAUAAACACAUGAUAAUUGUCACGACAUACAUAAUGUAACGCAACUCUAAAUGUCACUGACAUUUCUUCCCCUCCCGAAUUACAGGGAAGCUGAAAUUCGAAUACAUUUUAACUGAAAUACAUCCUUAGCUUUAGAUGAUAGUCCUCCAAAGUGUUUUUGUUACAGAUUAAUCUGAUUACACUUCAGUGUCCCGAAUCUCCAGAGGAGAGGUUCCAGUUAUUGGUCGCUGAAGGGUCUUGCCAUUAACCCAUAUGUUCACCACUCACACAAGGCUGUCAGGGCCAGGGUACAUCUGCUUGAUGCACCCAACAUUCCACUAUCACCUCACUGUAGGGGGAUCAAUAACAACGACAACGUCUCCAAGUUACCCACAAAUUUUCAUUACAGAAGUACCACUUCUGUCUUGAUCCAAUCUGUAGUAAGUAUUCUUUCAUCCAUCAGUUCCAGGCAUGUCUUGUGAGCUCUUGUACUCUUCUCCAGCACUUUCUUGGAUUAAAUGACUCAAUGUUGACACUCUCCAGUACAAAAUCAUCACCCAUCUGUCCAGUCAGUCAAGACGCGGUCGCCGUUAGGGUCGUCACUCACAGCUGUUAAAGGUCUCAAAUUCAGCAGACUUUCUACCCCAGUGAAGAUUUGCUCUUUGCUUUUCCAAAGUUUAUUCCAUCAUCAUGUAACAUUUGCUGCGGCCAUCCUUUCCAGGCAGUCAUUCUGACAAAAGUAUUGAGAAAUGCAUCAGUGUCCAAAGAUGACCCCAUCUCUAAGUGACAACAAUGGGUCCUCAAACAUGGAAACAAACACAAAUACUGCAUAGCUCGCACUCUUCCACGUGUUCGCUUAGUUAAGAAAGGGUCCUUUAUCGUCAACUGCACAGCUCUCGAAAGGUCUGGAGGAUUGCUGUAGUCUAAUCUUCGGUAAUGGCGCCAUUUGCUGGUGAGCUGGCUUUGAUUGAAAUCAUCUUGCACACUCAAAACAUUGUCUCAUGACUAUUUUCACUUGUUCACGAACACAGGCCACUAGGUAUUUCUCCCGUACAUGAUUUUAAUCAUGUAAUUAAAAUUAUAAAGUUGAGCCCCAUCUGAUGACCCGCUAAUUCAUGGUAGUGCUUAAUGAUCAGUCCUGUGACCUGAUUCCUCUUAGGCAGUAUGAUUGGACACUUGACAUCAUAUGGAAGAUCGCUUGCAUGCCAUGGUCUGGUUUUUGGUCUCAAAAUACCAUUAACUAAUACUGGAUUGAAUGGUGCCAGUGUACGUCCUCUCAGGAUUUCCUUGUUCCUAUACCUGCCAACUUUUUCUGAGAUAUAAGCGUGAGAUUUUUAUCCUGGGAGUGCUGGGAUUUUUGAAGAUGACACGAUCAUUUCCGAAGAUUCCCGAAGAAGUCCGAAGUCUUCCGAAGACGUCCGAAGUCUGCCGAAGACUGCCAAAGGCGAGCUCGCUCCCAGUGCUUUUCACUUCAAAAAUUAGAGAUCACGAGGAAGGUAUUGCCAUUUAUUCAUUUUACACAUGGUUUUCGUUCCUUACAUGGGUCUGAGUUAACAUGUUUUUGGAAAUUGUGUCAAGCAGGACGGCAACAACUCACAUUUUUCAAUCAGGCAUGAGAAAUUGGCCAGCGAGCCGGCGUGAGAUCGAAGUUUUCAACCCGCAGGCGUGAGAGUUGGCAGGUAUAUGUUCCUUCUCAAUGGCUCUAUCUCUGCUGCAUACACUUUAGACUGAACCUCCUGAAUGAUAAAUUCUUCAGCAUUUUGAAGCUCCAACAGCUUCAGUUCACCCUUCUCUCUUUACUCAGCUGGUUUCCUACAAUUGUCCGUAAUCCGAGCACCCACGCUGUCACACGAACUAAAGACAACCCAAUUUUCAGAAUUUUCUUCUUUUGUUUUUACUUGAUAUCAUUUGGAGUAUCUUGAGAGGUCCAAUCGUCACACUUCUUCAACUCUAGCCAUUUCUUCACCUUCUUCAGUUAAGUGGUAGCAUCCUUUUGUUCUUUUUUGUUCCUUUAAGGUCUCUGUUGACGUUGGCUUGUCAAAGUUGCACUCUGGCCCGUCUUGUUUUGAUUUCUUCAACAAUUUAGGCCCAUUUCACCAUAAGUCAGCACUUGCUAACUCUUCUACUGUUAGGCCUCUUAUUCCAAGGUCGGCAGGUUUACAUCUGUAGGAACAUAGCGCCACUGAUUAGGAGAAGAGAACUCAUAAAUUUCUCUAACACGAUGGGCUAUGAAUGGCUUUUACUCUCUACUCUGACCUUGGAUCCAGUACCCCACAUUCAUAUUGUCCACCCAAUAGGUCACUCUAUUAAUUUGUAGGUGCCUUGAGUGCAGAGCAAACUUAUCUUGUUAAUGGUAAUCUGAUGACUGCACCUAAAAGCUCUUAUCUGGGGUUGCUCACUACUUUUGAUAGUGCAAGCCUAGACUUUGACAUAAUCAAUCAAGCAGUAAUGUUGCCACCCUCAUACUCACGACGUGCAUAAACUGCAGCUGUAUAGUGUUCUCUGAGGUGCCAUUAAUGUAUGAAUGCUCAGUUCUUCCACCUUAGGACUUGGGUCUUUCAAACACCUCGUGAUUUUCACAAGUUCAAGGUCAUCCAAUUCUCGAAACCACUUUGUCCAGUCUUGCUGAUGAUAUGCUGGCAACAGUUCAUCCCAAUCCUGUGCCUCCAGCCGUGUCUUUUGUAUCAACAACUUGGACCUGAUUACAUAAGGUGAUAAGAAGCCUAAUGGGUCGUAAACUGCUGCUGUUGGCCUCAAAACAUUCCUCUUGAUGAAUUCAAAUCCAUCUAACUGUAUCUAGUGUCUAAACGAAAAUUGUCAGUGGCAGCCCACAGGACACACAGAUUCUUGGUUGUUGGCAAUUCCCUCUUCUUUAAGUCUAUCUCAGAAGCCCUAUCUUCUUCUGCAACAUCAGCAAUUAGAUCCGGUUCAUUCGAGAUCCAUUUGCGGAUGUGAAAAUGAGCCAAGUCCCCUAGUUCCGUAAGCCGCUUUCUUGUUUCCUUCGCGUCAUCCACCAUAGGUGUAGAUGGCAUCAGAUCAUCCAUUUAACAGUGUUCUAAAACUUCAUUAGCUCCUCAUGGGUAAGUCUCCUUGUUAAGUCUGGCAUGAUGUUGCCAAGCAAACUGGACACAAAAUGGGCAGUAACACCCUCCAAAAAUAAACCUCUUAAACUCGUAAACCUUUGGUGUAACCCCACUGCCCAAGUUCCUGUACAAGAAUCUAUGCAGGUGCUUGUCCCCUGGUCUGAGAAGCAUCUGGUUAUACAUUUGGCUCACAUCACCAGCCAUGGCAACUGGCUCCUUUCUAAACUUAGCUGAAAUGUCACAACAUCACUUUGCAACUCACUACCCGGUGGUGAUUCACUGUUCAAACUCUUUCUGUUUUGCUGAGCUGAUCUAUCAAAAACGUGACACAACCCGAACUUUGGUUGUGGCCUUCUCUGGCUUUACCACAGGGAAAUGUGGAAGGAACCAUUCUGAUGGUGGUUUUGGCUCAUCCUCUGGGACGUCUUGGAUAUACCCUGUACUUCAGUAGUCAUCAACUGUCCACUGAUUGGUAAGCCUGUGCCAGCCUCUCAUCUUGCAUUUACUUCUUCUCAACUGUGUGAAGGCGUUUCUCUGCCAUCUGUCAGUUUGGCCUUAAUUCUGGUCUUUCAUGUUUCCAAGGCACAGCAACUUCAUAUCUCUCACCAUCAAACCCGAUUGUCUUGUUCACUUUAUCAAAGGCUAGUUUCUCUUCGAGGGAAAGUGGUUGCCUUACCUGCGGUGUGAUCCCAAUAGCCUCAAUGCUCCGAAAUUGUUUCAGCAGAUAGUUCAGAUCUCCAUCACUACACUCUGACCACUGUAUAGGUGAUACAUGCAGGUGUUCAGGUAACCAAUGUUACUGGCUCCAUGUCCCUUAGAUGUACCAAUGGUACCAAUUGUUGCCCACCCCAGUGGACAAUUGGUUCAUUGCCCCACCCUUUCAGUGGAAACACAAGCUGUUUUAAUCUGAACCAAUAAGUUCAUUUUCUCCCUUUUCCAUGAACCUCUUUUCACUGAUCUUUGAUUAUUUUGCAGCCAGUUGGUGGGUUUCAUCCCACCACAGAUGUUAUAAUUUUGAACCAAUAAGAACUGUUAUCAAACUUUUUAUUCCCUUUUCCAAGUUUUUGAAAAAAGGAAUGUCCCUUGUUAAAUGCUUAAUAAAGAAUUUUGAUCUUUGAUUAUUUUGACAAAUGCCAGUUGGUGGGUUUCAUCCCACCACAGAUGUUCUCAUUAGAUAAAUUAACUUAAUGAUUGAUUUUUCGUGAAACAGUUUUUGCUACAAUGACUGUGUCCACCUGACCAUCCAGACUCUCGAAACCAAUCUCCAUGGUUGCUGACAUUAAAUUGACUUUCUGACUAUUAGCAACAUUGGUAAUUACUUUUUCCUUCCUACCAUCCAACCCCAGUUCCUCUACCACAUCCUAGUUAACAUACGACGUAUCACUUCCUUCGUCCCAGAAACAAUUAACAAUUAACUUAAAUGUCUCUCCCCAUGUUUCUGAAUGCCUGGAACAGUACGCAAGGCAAUGCUCCUCUGUGCAUGUUCUUGCUCUGUUUCAUACGUACUGGACUUAUUUUCCUCUGUCAGGGGUGUGUCAGCCUUCCCCUCCAUGGACCCUUGAGCUAUUUUCUCCUCGUGAAGUAACCAGUGGUGUUUGUCUUUGCAUCUGUCAAUUCCAUACUCUCUGCUCCAAGUACAUGAGUCACCAAGGUGCCCAUUCCCCAAGCAAUGGUAACACAGUCCAAGUUUCUUUGCCAUCUCCCAAUUCUUUCUAUGUUCCAUUCCUUUGAACACAUCACAUCUCCAAAUUGGGUGUUUUGCUUGCAUACUUUACAGGGACGAUCACAUUUCUCCUCUGUGAUCCCGAAAUGAGACUUGGUUUAGCUUGUGUAUUUCCAACACUGGACAAACCAUGCUUAAUUUCUGAUGCUUGUACCUGGUACUCAGCUUCUUCAGCAACCCAGUGAUGCAGCUCUUCAAGAGACUCCAUGCUUCCCUUUUCUUUAAUCCAUCGGUAGUAGUGGCUAAGUAGAGCUUAAGGAAGUUUUUCCAGCACAAUUGCAUAAAAUGUGUCUCCUUCCAGCAGGUCAGCAAACUUCCUAUUUUCCUUUAAAGAAACCACAGUCCUCUCCACUAUGUCGGCAAAUCUUUCUAGCUCUCUUGGAUUAUCAGCGUUUAUUGGCCUCAUCUCAUGUAGCUCAUCGAUAUGAGCUUGAACCUGUCGCCUGUUUCCCCCAUACUUUUGAUUCAACCUUGCCUUAGCCGCUUCGUUCGCAUGAUCCAAGUAACCUAGUCCUAUCACCGUUUCGGCCACCUCUCCUUCUAAACAGCUUUCGAGCCACAACAUUUUAAACUGAACUGACAAAUUGUUUCAUGCACACAACUGGAAAAUGCUGCCCACCAUGACUGAUAUUCUUUCUUGUUGCCCGAAAACUUUGGGAUUCGAAUCCACUCGAGUUGUUUGUUUGCAUCAACCACGUGACCAUAUGAAUCUUUGCCAUGUGUGCUCUCAAAUGUGUCGCUCUGGCUCGUGUUAUUUCCUUCGCUUUCCUUGCUGUUACUUUGCGAUAAGAAAAGCUGAGCUUCCUUUGUCUCAUUAUCCACACGAUCUAUCAUUUUAUCCACUUCAUCACCUGUUGAAGCUGCCAGCGAUACAUGCUUAUUUUGUCCAUGCAAGGUUUGAAGUGACUCCAGAAGCUCCAACAAUUCAUCCCGUCGCUUGUCACAGUCCUGUAGUUUUUCCGUGACAUUUUCCUUGUUUGGCAUUUUUUGUUUGUGAGUUUUUGGGAGUCUGAGUUUUUGACACACCCAAUGAUCUCAGUUUUUCAGGGUCUUAGUUUUCAGGACACCUGAUGGAGUUUAACUUUUCAGUGGACGUCUGAGGUCUGAGUUUUCAUAACACCUCAACCUUUUGGUUUCUUUAUAAUAUUGACAGUUUAAUAAGGCAGAGUUUUAGAAAACCAAAAGUAAUGUCCUAUUGUAUUCUUGACAAUCAGCAUCAUCAUGAGCGACGCGGGAAGUAUAGGUUAGAGGAUGAGGAGCUUACUCAUUUAGGACAAUCUCUUGGAGAAAUUGACAAGUUUGAUGACGUCCUGCUAAGUGAUGAUGAUGACAAUGUUGACAAUAAUCAGGAUGAUGGUAUUUAUGAUGAGAUAUGCCUUGGUUUUUUGUUGUAUUGUAAAAAUAAUGUUCUCAUUUCUUAUCUUCUGCCGAGGACUCACAAUGAUACUUUUGUUUUUCCUAAAUAGUCGAUGAUGUGAAAGAACUGCAUUUUGGUGGCUUCUUGACAAAGAAGAAAACAGCUGACAACCUGUCUGAUAAGGUAAAAAUAAUCAGUUGAGGCUUCAUUAUAAACCUUUAUUAAGUGGUUACCUCUAUAAAGUGAUCAUGGUUACCUUUUGGCCAUCCCGAUGACAGUUCUUGAAUUUUUUUCACCUCAAUUUAGUGCCAUGGUUGCAGAUACAAUGUACCUGCAAUUUGGCUUUAUUUUGAAAAUAUGAAGGGAAAUACAGUCUGAGACAGAAGGUAAAGAUUGAUUGUGGACCAGUAUUUCCUUGGUCUUUACUCUUAUCAAUCAUAACUCUUAACCAAUCACAGAGAUGCCAACCUCUGGAGACCUAAAAUAGGGAGACUGUCUUUUUUUUCACUACCCCCUGGAAUUUCAAUGGACCUCCCCCCCCCUAUGAAAAAUUAACCCAGCUCCCAAUGAGAAUGACUUAGGACAUUAUAUGACGUCUUACAUGAUGUACAUACUAUCAAAAUUCGAAAUCAUUGUUUUGAUGCUAGAAAUAAUCUUUGUCAGUGACUUAAUACGUGCAAAAAUGCCCCAGAAAUCAUACUGCGAAUAAGAAAAAUUCAAAUUUUGAGCUAAAAAUGCGCUAAAUCUCAAACUAAGUCUGUUUUAUUUUUUACUAAGUAUUCAAUAUUUAUAGUGGACGUAAAAAGCGGGAGAUUUAUGUACCAAAGUGGGAGACAAGGCAAAAAAGCGUAAGUCUCCCACCAAAAGCGGGAGAGUUGGCAUCACUGCAAUCAGCAUGCGAGAAUUCGCUCAGUUGUUGUAAAAAGUAUGUAUCUGGAAAUGAGUUUGUGAAUAAUUUUGAACCCAGGGCGGGGGGGGGGGGCAAUUGUCAUGAAAAAGAAUAAUGACUGAUAAAAUACAAGCUGUUUUUAUAAAUUUUUCGAAUCAGAAGUGUUUUGUAGUCAAUUUGCGUUACAAAAAAAAAUCAUAUAUAUCAUUUAAAGCCCUUUGUAUGUUGAAUCACUUAAAAAAUUUAGGAUGAAGAUAAGCACAAGAGUAGGAAAGAGAUAAUGGAGGAGGUGGUCGCCAAAGCUAAGAUAAAAAAGGUAGGUUACAUAUAUGGAUGUGUUAUUGACCAAGUGUGAGGUCAGUAUGGUUGGAUAUUGGCCAAGUUCUUCUUUGUGAAAUUUAGUCAAGGUAAAAAAAAAAGCAAACCAAAAACAAGGCUAAUUAUCAGCCAUCUUGAUCCAACGUACUUGGUCAAUUGUCUGUUAUAAUAAUAGUAUGGCAAGAGAACUUCUUUUCCUUGGGACCAAAUUAAAAGGAAAUCCCAAGUGGGCGAGUUGGGCUGAUUUUGCUGUCUUGGGUGGCCAAUCAUAAGGCAGGAUUUUCUUCAUGUUUCCUGCUCAGGGGACCAGCUAUGUAUUAAACACAGUUAAUGCAACCAAGUGUCUCUUGAAGAGGCCAUUUGUGUUUUACAAGCAAAUCCAGUGAUUUUGUUACGAGUAGUUAUGGUGAGUCCUGGGACUCUUCUUGUGAAAAAUGAAAAUCUUGAGUCCCAGUCCAGAACCAAUGAGUCCCUGGGUCUUUUGUUAGAACAGCCACAGAAAUCGCACGAACAGGAUAUUCUACAAAAAACAACUUCAGAUUGAUCAAUUGUUCUUUGCAUCCAAUGAGAUGUAUAACAUAAAUUAUUUUGUGUCUUUGGUGAUUUUUUUUGGAUCUGGGAAGCCGGACGAGGUAACAAAAUCACUGAAAUCUAUAUACGACUGAUUGACUCUUACACAGUGCCUUUCCCACACUCCACACACUUACCUUGCCCUGUAGACUUAACUAUGUAACUUGCAAGUAAUAGUACUUAACCACACUUCUCUGUGGACAUAUUAUUUUGCCACUUUUAUGAUGAAAAAUUAUAAAGUUCUGUGUACACAAGCAGUCAAAAAUUAUUUUUGUUAGGCAUGCAUGGGGUUAUUACUGUGAAACUCUCAAAACCGUGAACACCAGAAAUAUUUAUGGAAUCUUCUUGUUUUGCGAGGAUAAGCCAAUAAGGCAUGAGAUAACUAAAUUGUGAACAGCAACGGUAAUUAGUUUGUGGUUUUGAGGUUUGCUUGCGUAUUCUAAACUUUAUUAUGAUUGGCCAGUACACAAUCAACAUUCCUGAAAAUUUUCAGGUGUUCAGGGUUUUCUGAGUUUGACAGUAAAAUGUGGCCUCUUGGAAAGUUCUUGUUUUAAUAUAGAUAUUUUGAAUGAAUAAUAAAUAACAUUUUAUAAAUUUUUCUAUUAAUGAAGUAGACAUGUAUCAUUACUAAUGCUCCAUUUCGUGCAGCAUGAACGGCAAAUGGCAAAGGAGGAGACUGUCAACUUGACAGACAAGCUGGAUCAAGACUGGAAAAGCCUUAGAAAUCUGAUGUCAAAUAAGGUACGCAUGUACUUUGCAAUGUUGAAUAGUUAUUAAAUUGUAACAUUUGUUCUCUGCACAAUGUGUUUUCAGUGAGUGUUCAGCAAGUCAGAGCAAAAUAUUUCUAGUACUGGUACUUUUUCUAACUUUUGACUUUGGGCCAGGAUAUUUUAUAAUGAUGGCUUUCAACCAAUAAGGGAUGUGAGGCAGACAAAUUUUUGUUUUUCUUGCUCUUUGUUUAAUGUUAUGAUUUUUUGGUCUGUCUGUUUUAUUACUUUUCCUCACAUUAAUUUCUACCUGAGGAAUGUGAGAUUCACAAUAUAGUGAGUGCUCAGCCUAGUCCCCAGGCGUUUUCGGCUCGGUCAUUCCUGGACUCUACCAUGAGCUGUGACGUCACCGACAGAUAUUCGCCGAGAAUUGCCGAGAAUGCCGUUCUCUCGCCCGCUCUUUCCCAGACUUCGCGCCGACAACGGAUCAAGAGAGAACACCUAGGGACUAGGCUGGUGACUGGUUAGUUUGAUGCAGCCCAUUGACAGUCCCAGCUGACUUACAAGCUUGUUUUAACGUGAUCUUCAUACAACAGGGACUUCACAGUGCAGAGAUACCAGCUACUAAAUCUGAUGAUUAUGACAUUGCAGUCAGGCAGCUUGCGUUUGAAAUAAAAGGCAAGGUAAGUAAGUAGAGUAUUAGAAAGAAAAACCUGACAUUAUACCACUAAUACUGCCAAUGUGCUAUCCUAUUAAAAACUUACCUUUUGGUACCUUGUCACCUCGUUCCCAGACCAUCUUGCCACCAACAAAUCGCCGCCAAGAAUACGGCUGAGGCUUUAUUGUCGUAAGAUGUCCUCCAAUAUACAGAACAAAAUGAGGAACUUUCGUGAAAAGAAAUGUUCCCUUAACCGCUCCAUAAUCGUAUUUGAAAGAAUGACUGGUGGUUGUGAAACUUUCUGCUAGUGUGAUUGUGUGGAAGGUAUUGUUGAACUUACAUUUACCGAACCUACAUACAUUAUCAGUAUUUGGAGUAAAGUUCAAUGCCAGGAUUGUCAGUUAGGAUCGACAUAUUGUAUUUGGCUCGAAUAGGCUUGACAGAAAAUUGAAAAUCCUAGGUAAGUUUUUCUAGGAAAGUAAACUGUGUUAAUUAUUUCAGAGUUAUUCGUUGGUGGCGAGUCAUCCUCGGAGACCCAGGGGCAGAUAGUGGGGGCGAGGGAAAGUCUAAACGGGCGGAAAAAUAUGGCACAAAAGAAAAGUAAAGAACGGCGAGAAGAGCCCCUGCAGACAAUGUCUUACCAGACCAGUUCCAAACGGUCGCCGCCGUUCUGGCUUCUGAUUGGGCAGAAAAACACAAAAGUUUUCUGGCACCAGUCAGAAACCAGAACGGCGGCGACCGUUUAGAACUGGUGUGGUAAGACAUUGUCCCCAGGGGCUCUUCUCGCCGUUCUUUACUUUUCUUCGUGCCAUAUUUUUCCGCCCGUUUAGACUUUCCCUCGCCCCCACUAUGUGCCCCUAGGUCUCCGAGGAUGGUGGCGAGUCAACUUCUUCGUGGUGAUUUUGUUGGUGGCGAGACGACUGUAAAACUUUAAUCUUGUGCUUGUUCGUGCUUGCAGAUCUAUUGCAUGCAACGUAUUUGUGCCUGGUGGGAAAAUUUAACCUAGUACUGCCUUAACUGGCAUGCAAAUGAUGAUUCUUUUGCCAAAAUCUCCAUCAGUCUGACUAGCAGUGGAAUGGAGAACUUCAGAGAAAGUUUGGAAUUUCUAACGAAUUUUUUGAGACACCUUGAAAUAUGACUGUAGCCUCUUUGAAAGACCCUUGCACUCUUAGGAUAGAAAUCUCACAACCAUGACUCAAGAAAUGGGGCAGGUGUAAUAUUAUUAACUACAUUAUCAUGAUCUUGGAAACUGGGGCUCAGGAAGUUGGUAGGAGAAAAAGUGACUGUUAAAUAGGCGGGGAGGUAGAUGUAGGAUAAAACAUGCACGCCUUUGAGCAAAGCAUCUAUCAAUUGGCCCCAAUAAUGCACCAUCAUCAAGUUCGCACCUAAAAAAAACAUGAUGGUUGUAUGGGGGAGGUGGGGGUUACAAUCCCCAAGGAGAUGCCAAAACAUGCUCGAGUUGAUCCGCAGAGGUUUGCUGGACAAUAAGAAAGUAAAGCAAUUGCAAAAUUAUACCUGUAGCAGGGGCCAUGCAACAAUACAGGUCAAGUGCUAAAUUUGCCUCUAAUGACAUCUUCAGUAGUCGCAAUAAUGUGCGGGCUCCAGUCCAAAUUAUAUAUCAUGUGGAUUUUCUUGCCAUAUUUCAGGCAACUGACAGAUUGAAAUCAGAACAGGAACUUGCUAAAGAAGAACAAGAAAGACUGAGGAAGUUAGAGGUUAGUUACUUGUUAAUGAACCAAGGCUGCAUAACAACAAUAAAAUUAUUGAUAUCGCAAGACAGCACACUAAUCCUUCAUAUCGCAGAAAAGACCAAAAUUUUGUCCAGUGUAAGAUUGUAAGCAGAUGCAGUUGAUUGGUUUAUGAUCAUCCAGGACAUACACGGUAUGCUGGCCAUGUUUAUGUUACCAAAACUCGUAAGUGCGGAAGCCCUUUAGCUCGUUCACAGGUUGUUUGCAUGGUUUAAAACAUUUCCAAGCACCAAUCGAUGGUGCGUUUGAAACAUUCUUCGGAAGAACACUUUUCCUUUUGUCCUCAUCGGAAUAGUUUAAUUUAAGAGCCACAUAUUACCACAGUCGGAAAGGAUGUAUGGGAUAAAUGUUUGCCUCACUGGCCAAAGAACAUCCUCGUUUUCAUGGGCACGUGUUUUGAAUCAGAGAGCAUAAAGUUGCUACAAUUACAAAUUUUUUGUAUCACAUUUACAGCCUUUCUCAGCUCUUUUAUGUCUUUCAUCAUAUUGCACCAUCUUUAUUUCAAGAGAUCUCAUUCUCCAUUCAAAUUCAUUUGUGGCUCUUAUUACACAGGGUGGCAAGGAGCGGGGGGGGGGACUAUCACGCAUCACGGAAAAAUAAAAUGAAAUACUAACUAACUUAACUAGUAUCCUAUAAUCAUUUGAUCUGAGGAAAUCAGAGGUCGAGAAACGAGAAAAAAGGGCAAGAAGUUGGUGUCAUAAGGAAAUCCCUCUUCACUUGUUGUGAAAAUAGUAAAUCCUGCAUCUCCCUGCUAUGUCCAAUCACGCCUCACGCGGCUAAUUUGGGCCCUAUCACGCAUCACGCUGAUAAUUUGGGCCCUGUCACGCAUCACGCUGAUAAUUUGGGUCCCAUCACGCGUCACGGAAAACCCCUUUGCCACCCUGAUUACAAGUAAUGUAUUCCAUUGUAUCUCUCUGUGAUUCAGCUUGAGCGACAAAGAAGAAUGAAGGGUUUGCCCGCUGUGGAUAAAAAGCCCAAACAUGUUUCAGCUGAUGAUCUUGGUGACAGGUAAAAAUAUUACCUGAAAGAGUUUUUGCAUUGUUACAGAUCUAAAGAGGCUUCAAAGUCACGAGGACAUUGCUGCUACUGUUCAGUUCUGUGCUUAAAUCAUUACUUCAGUACCUUAACCCAUACACGAAAAGCUCCUGUAGAGUUAUGGAGAAGAUAUCAAGCUAAUUUCAUCAGAAAGCACUAACGAUACGGGUUUACAUGCAGAAAUAUGGGUCCGGGUUGCGCCAAAGUAGAAAAGGAAUCAAAGAUGGUGGGUGACAAAAACAAAAAUGACCUUUCAGCCGAAUUAUCACAAUAAUCAGCUCGUGGCUUCGCCAAACGUAAUGGUCGGCCUUUAUUGUCAUUUGAACGACCGGUCGACCGGUCUGUCUAGUUUGUCCCUAGUACUAGGAUCUAUGCAUGUAGUUACAAGAAAUCUCUUGCAGGUAUUUUUUUUGGCUCUUACAGGUAUUCUAAGGUUGUUAAUAAUAUGGACAAUCAUGCUAUCCAUUUCAGUAAUAAUAAUAAUAAUAAUAAUAAUGGAACUUAUAUAGCGCUUAUACAUCGCUGUUCUAAGCGCUUUACAAGGUAAAAAAGGACAUGAGAAUAUCAUUAAGCACAAGCUUACAUAUAACCCUACUGUACACAUCUUAAAAAGGAAAGAAAGAAAAGAAACAAACAAAAACAAAAACGAAAACAAAUAUGACGAAACUAAAUGUCAUAUAUCUUUUUAAAAAGAAACGUUUUCAACUUAGAUUUAAAAAGAUUAACAUCAGAACAAGCUCGAAUUUCAAAGGGGAGCUUGUUCCAUAGUCGGGGGGCAGCAACGGAAAACGCUCGCUGGCCAUAAGUUUUCAUGUUAAAAUUUGGUUCUUCAGGUCGUAAAUGAUCCCUUGAUGACCAAGGCCGUUCGGUAGCGUCACAAGUAACUUUGUUUGUUAUGCUAAACCUGUAUCAUUUGCAAAGUAUCCGCAGACAUUCAUUUUCUCGAUUCAUUGUCAAUAUCACAUGCAUCUGAAAUAAUUUCCUCAAUUUCUUAAAAUGUUACUCGCUUUUUGUGUUCUUGCAAUGAACAGCUUUACGCCCGCCGAAGAUGACAGAGUUUUGUUAAGCUAUCAAGAUGGAUCGAUGCUAAAUGUGGAUGGUAAGGCAGAAUUCUGAUGAUUUGCAAUAUCAUGCUGCUAUUUUUCAAAUACCUAACUUCGGAUGAUGCAUUUUAAGUUUUCUAAUUGGUUCACUGGAUCUCAAUUAUUAGCCUGCAUCAUACCUACGUUUGACCUUAUACGGAAAAUAACUGCGACAGCAAAAUUGGAUUGACGUCCUGCUCAAUUGCAGAGGCUGUUUUAUAAAAUUGAAUAAAAUUAUAAAUAAAAAAAGUUAAGAAUAUAAGAAAAUUAGAUACGAAAUUGGUUAUAGCCAACCUGCAUUUCAAUAUACAACUACUUUUUUUCUUUUACGAAUGUACGAGAAAAGAAAGCGACAGUUUUUUCCUUCACCAAGGCUUUCUUUCAAACUUUCCUCUUUAGGAUUGUGAAACUGGCUUUCACUAUGAAAUCCGAGUCUUUAAUUAUUGUCAACUCUCUAAAUUCAUUUUGUUACUUUUAAUAAGCUUGCGUUGAAAACUUCGUAGCUCUCUGGAGCGUGUUUUGCCCAAUCAGAUGAAGUACCGCUUUGCCUCAGAGUGACUGUUGUUCUCACUUGUUUUACAUCAGAUUUAUUUCACUUACUUGCGCAUUUUAUAUUUUUACAUGUAGAUGACGAAGAUCAGUUAAGUGGCGACAAUGGCAGUGAUGUAGAACAGAGAGAAGAAAAUGUGGCAGUGGACCAAAAGGAGGAAGAAGGCGAGAGCUCUCCUGAAGAUGACGCUGAGGAUGACGACAGUGAAGAAACUAGCGAAGACGACAAUGGUUCUGAUCUCGAGUCUGAUGGUACAUUCCACUUUUAAAAAUACGCUGAAUAGAAGUGAAAAAUAUGCCUCUUACACAGACACCAUUUUGGUAUGACGAGCCGAGAGGACGUCCACAUAAGAGGUGGACACAUUCACCCGAACUAUACCGUUGUAGCGUUUACUAUGCUCUUUUUAUAAGGACUUGCUACCCCCUCAAAUAGCAUAAUUUAAGCCGCAGUGACUAAAAGUUCUCGGUCAGCAAUGAAAAUCGAAAACAGAGUUGCCAUAGACAGUGAAAUAAAGUUUUAACUACGACUACUGACAAAAAAGAAUGCCCUUCAAUGCCGUAUGCCUGAAAAAUAGCGUCAAACUAUCAUUGCAGCAAGUAAGGAACACUCACGGAAAAAUAGAACAUUUUUUGUACCCUACUCCAGUUCGGUUGCAAGUACAAAGUAUUGUUCUUUGAAGGCUAAAACAAUAUGCUUUUGCUCUUUAAGCGUGUGAUAUACAGUUUAAAAACGGUGAUGAAAGAACCAGUAAACUUGCAGAAACGUCUGUGCAGCUGGGCCUGGCUAUGAAGAAGACCUAUAAAUGCCAAGUGAAGAGAGUAAUAAUGUACUGCGAGUUCAAAAUCACCUUCCAUUGUUGUUUUUCUCCUUAUCGUUUUUAGAUAGUAAUGAUGACAUAGAAGCUAACUUGGACUCAGACGUCGAGCUUGAAGAUAAGACUCGUCAAAAAAGUGGAAAGAGUAAUGUAUGUACAUGUGCAGUAUGUUUGUUAGAAGAAAAUCAGUUCAUGGCGGUUAGAAUCUUGAGCCAUUAAAUGUGACCAUUCAAAAGAAAGCUACCAAGCUAUGCUGUUUACUCGUACUGUUUGAAAAUUCAUGAUAUCGAACGUUGACGUAACAUUGUUGACCCUCAGUUUACUGCCUGAGUGAAUGGUAAAGUUUUAUAAGCUGUGAGUGUGUGGAUGAAACCGUUCCAAGGCAAAAUUAUGCAGAGUUGUGCUGGUACAUUUAAUGACAGAAGAUCCCAACCCCGCUCAAAGAUCUCUUUAGUUUUAGACUAGAAACAAAUAAAUUGAUGAAAUGACAAGCAACGACUGGGGCGUCAUAUACUUCACUUGUUUGCGAAGUGUUUGUAUCUGGCCUUCAGAAUUAUUGCUUUUAUUACGAACAUUACGGACAUUACGGACUUACCUAACGCCCGCAAAGCGUUUCAGCUUCUAUGGAAACUGUAAACACAAAAAUAUCAUUUUCUGGCCCCAGUUGUUCAAAAGUUAGAUAGCGCUAUCCAACGAAUAAGUGUUAGGGAAACCACUUGCGCUAUCCAGUGAAUAGUGACUUAUCCGGUUGAUAGCUUUGCCACCUUUUUAUCAACUGAGGCCAGGGCUCUAUUUUUUGCUGACAUGUUUUCGUGGGAAUUGUUAGAAAACAAAAUUCACGAUAAAAUCAGUCUAAGAUUUAGUUAGCAGAUGCUCCAGAUACGUACAGUUGAUCUUCCGGUUGUGGCUCCUGGCCCGGGUUGCUCGAAGCAUGGUUAGUGCUAACCAGCUUUAAAUACCAUGGAAACCUAUACAUUUUGAUACCUCUUAACCAACGGUUAACGCUAACCAGGCUUCGAGCAACCGGCCGCUGGUGGAAGGAAUUAGAAGAUGGGAACAGUAUAGGGUUUGAUUUUAGUAACUAGUUAGUUUAAUGCUUGAUUAGGAAAAAUAUUUUUGCUGGAAAGGUUUUCUUUUUUUACAAAAAAUGGAACUCGGAGUUUGUCGAAAUUUGUUUUAUUAUUCCUUUUUAGAGUGCAUAUAAUUCAUUUACAUUCUUAAAUCAGUUUAUAUUUCUUGUUUGUUAUUCUGUAACGUGCAGGAAGACGUAUUAAAGGAGGAUACAAGAGCAGGGAAAGAGCUUCCGUUUACGUUUAAAGGUAAACCUGACUACUUACAUAAUUCCAAAUAGUAGUCGGUCCUCGGAAAUGUCCGAAUAAAAUUUCCCUAUCUCCGACGAAGUCCUACUGACUGUGGUUUGACGUGAUUUGCGAACAAAGUUAAUUCCCGACUAUCAUUUCGUUUCGCGUAAUGCGUCCUUGAUUCAGUCCAACCACAUUUUUGUUCGUCCGACUACUUGCUAUAUCCUUUCAAGAAAGAAUAACAACAGCCCCAGAAAUCCCUGGCAAAAUUAGUUGCGUCGAAUACACUUCCCACGUUUUUCAGGCACUAACUACCUCUUCCCCACCCCCUCCCCCCGAGGAACAUUGUGGAUGGGGUGGGUAGGGGUUCAAAUUGUUCAUUCCAAGAAGUAUAGCCCAUUUCACGAACGUUUCUCAACUGUUUUGUCGCCGACUGGAGGUCUACUUUAACCAGCGUAGCAGGCGGUUUUUGGUGUGUGUGUUUUUUGGAGGUUCAUAAAGUACGAGACAAAACCGCGCGAAAGCAGAACAGAAGUCAAACGAGAAAUCGAUGAGGGAGGGGACAAGCGGAACAAGAGUCUGCCUUCUUUCUCUCGCCCCCUCCUCCCAUCGUUUCCUCGUUUGAACCCUUACUUACGCAACACGAACAAAAACACACCUAAAAGGCACCCACCUUCUAGGCAGGCUAGUUAUUUGAGCGUCGCCCAAAUAGAGUAAUCGAGAUGGCUUGUUUUGAUUAAAAGUUGCAAUAUGCAUGCAAGAACGAUUCUUGUAAGGUAAAAAGCAUACCGGAAAAAAAGCUCUGCUAGUAGGGUACUUGAUCCGACUUUUACGAUCUCAAAACCUCGCAACACACAAAAAAAGUAAUCCCUAACUGUGCGGGGAUGAAGAAAUCAAAAGCGAGGAACAUGUUAAAGCAAUGGACGGAUAAUUUUCAACUUGGAGGAAAAGACAAACUUAAUCUGAAGCUUACGGUAUUUUUUACGUCACGUAAAAGUCGGCCGGUCUUUUCAGAAAUUUGGAAGUUUUAAAUCCAGGGAUUCAAUCUGUCAAAAUAUUUGGAAUUUAAAACGGGUUUGGAUCACACCAAAGAGUUUGAGCGAUCUUCGUGCUUACAGGAAACAUGCUCUGUUUUUUACUUACGAUAAUUAGUUUAGCCAGGUUAAUUGUUUUGCUAUUUCUAACCAUUCGUAAUUACUUUAUGUGUUGUUUGAGUUUUAGAAGUAAUGAGUAUUUUUUAAUCGUUGGUAGUAUUAAACAUUGAAAAUCACACUGUGGAAUUGACGGGUUUGACUGAUACCCAAUAGUUUGACAAUAUUUUUGCCCUUAGUUGUCGAGAGCCAAAGAAGAUGUCACGCAAUGACGCAAAAUUCCGAGAUCGCGCAUGAGAUAUGAGGGGAAUGAGAUGCGAUGAGUGGUCACAUCAAACGUAUUUCGGCAGUUUGAUAAGUUUAUUGGAGCUUACUGAUGUCAGCCUAUUAAUCUUAACAUUGAAUUAUGCAUAAUUCCAUUGAAAAUGUUCGGAAAGGUGAUUUCUUGAAAUCUUAUUGAGCAAAGUGAACUCGUAAGCAGGUUGCAUUCUUUUACGUAGGAACCGUAAAAGGGGCAAAGUCCAACAUCUUCACGUGAAAACUGCGUGCGGGACAGUUAUUUUUAAAACCUUGGGGUUAGUUAGAGUAAGUCGACCUCUCUUAUACACGAACUACGAAAGCGGCAAAUUCCAAAGCUUUCAAGUGCAAACUGCGUGACAAUACAACUCACAGUAAGGGCCUGAUUACAGGACCCGGGCUGGUCCGGUUUGUCCGGCUGGUAUUGUAUUAGUCCGGUCAGCGCGGAGCCGCCAUUUUUAUACAGGAAUUGGAAGCAACGCUUAUGAGCAGUGUUUUAUUACCUGCUGCCCUGUUUCUCGCUUCGUUCAUUCGCCGGGCUGCCUGGCAGGGAUGAUUACUUGUUGCGUUAACUAAGAAAAGCGAGACAGUCCGGCUCAUGUAAUUAGGCCCUUAGUUUUAUCGCCAGUUUUUACGCCCUCCUCCUUGACCUCACCGAAUUUUCAAAGCCCACCGAACCCAUACACCCAGAAUUUCAGCCCCACCGUUUGGUGGGGCUGAAAUGUUCAUACUCCCUUCUCAAAAUUAAAUGAACUUUUCCUUAUUCACGUUCUCUCCAUACAAAUAUUGUCAAAAACAGUCGAAAGACAAUCCUAAACAAAAAGCCUAACAAUGUUAAAAAUAAGUACAAGUAUGUUUUUCACUAUUGAAAAGACCUUUCACAACCAUCACUUCAUUUCAACAGACUGUAACUACACUAUCCCUUCAUAAUCAAAUCAGCACUCCCAGCCUCCCACAACUACCUCACUUCAACACCUAAAAUCACUUUAACCUUCCAAAAAAAAUGUUACCUGAUAUCGAAUUCUAUGGGAAACCAGUUUCACUGAUUAAUAAACAACAGCCAUUUGUCGCCAAGGAUGCGAUAAAUACUUACAGUUUUAACCGUAUAUGUUUGAUUCCACCACAAAAUAACAACAACAAAAAAUAAUGUUCGCUUCGACCACGUUUUUCUAAGUCAGUUUUUGUUCGAGUAGCCAAGCUUUCAGGUCUCCAGCCAGGCUUUCUGGCUAGUUUCAGUUCUCCGCAGAAACUCUGCGACACUCCCUAGCCAGGAGAAAGUUCCUAUUUCGAAGAAAGAAGUCUUUGCAUCUGUUCUCGUGCUUUAAUUGCUGCCAAGCAACUGGGACGCAAAGUGUUUGAGGUAAUUUCCUCAGAUUCUUUUAACUGUUCUCCAUCCUGCGUCAUUUCAUUUUCUCGACCACUAUCACAUUCUAAUGGUAGAGUAGAUUUAGGGGUCUGUUGAGCACUUUCUUGGUCGGAAGAGGAACUUUGGCUGCCCGGAUCUUUCCGUCAUAUGCCAAUUGAAGAAUAAUUAACAGUGCCAACUAGUCUCUCAUAAAAUCCACCCAUCCAAGGGGCCAGUUCCACUAUAAAGUUUUAUUCAAUUCUUUUGGUAGUUAACUUUGCACCUCGUGGUGUGAAAUUGUUUCGUUCCAGGCUUUAUCAAUAGCAGUUUUCGCGAGCUUAAAUUGUGCGGCAUUAUCUAGUAUUAAUAACAUGUGUAGGUUUUCCUCCUCUUGCUAUAAAUCGUCUGAGUACAAGCAGGAACUGCUCAGCAGUCAUAUCCUUUACCAGUUCCUAAUGGAUGGCUCUGAUAGUGACGCAGGUGAAGAGACAUACCCAGACCUUUUCCUUUGAACUUUCAGGUUCAACGUAAAGGGGGCCAAAUAAUCUAAACCAGCAUAGGUGAAUGGAGCAGAUUUUACUACUUUCUUCCUGGGUCACGGAGACAUUGAUGGAAGUUUGAAGGGUCCGCCUUGAAGUCUCUUACAGAUACCACAGUCAUGAAUUGCUUUCUUUACUUCAGUUCUUCCCUAAGGAAUUCAAUAUUCAUUUCUGAGUUGAGCUAACGUAUGAGAAACACCGGAAUGAAACAGCUUCUGGUGGUAUUUCUUAAUGAGUAGUGAAGUGAAGUGGCUCCUUUUGGGAAGAAGUAUUGGAUAUACUGCAUCAGAAGGUAGUUCAGCAUGAAUCAUUCUCCCAUGGCAACGAAGUAGUCCGUAUUCAUGAAGUUGAAUGCCUAGUUGAUUUUUGUAAUCCUUUUUGUUCACAGUUCCAUUUGUGCUGUUAAAUACUUCGGGGAAGUUAGUCUUCUGGAUUAACUUGAUCCAUAGAAUUUUUGCUUCCUUGAUUUCGAUAGCCUUUAGCUCUCCAGUUUGGGUUUUUUGUUUUCGAGCUUUCUGAACAAAUGUUAAUAGCCACGCCGUAAUUCGAAGAAGCGAAGAAUAUUUCUUUUCAUCCAUUCCGAAGGGGGUGGCAAAGGGUGCUGAUUCAUCUUUGUUUUCAAUCUUUCCUUCAUUGAUGUUUUCUCCAAUCAAGUUGGAGGUUUCAUAAACGGUUUUCGGGCCCUUUUUUCACUUUCAAUCUUCUCCAAUGUCUCUUUAGUAAUCAUUGGGAUAUCCCAAGUUGGCCAUGUUUUCUCACUGUCCUGAAGCCAUUUCGGUCCAUGCCACCAAAGUUCACAUUUGUCCAGAUCUUAUGCUGAGACUCCUCUUGUUUUCUAAAUCCACAGGAUUUCGACUGGUUUCGAUGUAACGGAAACUUAUGUCCUUUGUGUCAGUGAUCUCCUUGACUCGAUUCUGAACGAAAGUUGUUAGUGGCUUCUUGCUUAUGAUCCAGUGAAGAACACAUUGAUUGUCUGUCCUAAUUGUUUUUGAACCUUUGAUUAUCGGUUAAUCUUUACUAGUGUUCCAGAGUAUUCCAAGUACUUUCGUUAUGGUUUCCUUUACUCUAUCCUGCUCUGGAAUUGACUUCAGAAAUUCCUUUGAGUUCGACCCCCCAUUCUCUCAGAUUCAUAGAUGAUUCGUGAAAUACUUCUUUUGAUUCUGAAUAAAACUCUCUUGCUUCUUUACUUGGAUUGACUCAAGUCAAAAGAUAGAGAAUGGUGGCACCGAGCUUAAAAGGACUUGAGAUAACUCCAAAAGGGAACCUUGCAAAGCGAUAAAUUUGCAGAUUGUCCUUGGACAGUGGCUUAGUGGGAUCUUUAAGCCACAGGAAUCUAGUCACAUCUCGAUCUGCAGGUUGGAGACCUACUUGCAGAAAGGCCUUUUCAAUAUCUGCUGUCAGUGCUACUUUGUAAAUCCUGAAUCGUAGUCGCAGUAAUUGUGGCUUUUGCCGAUGCAUCGUAGAAAAUUCUUACUUUAGUUGUUUUUCGAUUGGGGAUAAUGACAAAUGUGAAGACAGUCAGGAUUUCAGUUUUGCUGGGCAUCAGUUGGAGGUUAUUUACUAAAUCCUCACUUAUGUAGGUUCUCUGGCUUCCACAAUCUAGCAAGAGUCGAGUAGACUGCUUCUUUGAAGUCUUGAGGUUCACGGUAUCUGCCAGUUUAGACUGCAUCAGUACUUGUUCGCCAGAAAUUAGUAAUGAACUUUCAGCUCUUUCAGUUUCAGGUGCCAUUAGGCGCAUAAACAUAGUCAAAGUUUCAUUUUCUUCAUAAGAAGAAAACUUUUUAGGACCAAGACUCCUGUGACGAUUUCCAGUUUUAUGGCAAUGAAAACACGGCUUGUUUACCUUGCAAUCUUUUAGUAGAUGAUUUGGCUUCAAGCAAAUAAUGCAGUUUCUUUGAUUUUUGCCUUUCUUGACUCAACAGGUGGAUACGUUUCACCCUGGUCACUCCAGUGAUCAUUUCUUUGACAGUAAAAGCAGCCCAGUUUUUGACCAUCAGUAGCAGACUCUCCAUUUCCAGAAAGUAAGGCACCAGUAGUGGUGACCCCAGACCAUCUUGAAGGAACGAUUUCUGUUUUUGAGACUUCACUGUGGUAUCUUGACUUUCGGGGCUCUGAAUGAAUUGUGUUUGACGUUCUCCAACCUCUGGAGCACAAAUAUACCGCUUUAAAGCCUUUCGGAUGCUUUCCAUUGUCCACUUCUCCUUCAUGUCCUUAUACUCUUCCAUCCGGGAUGUCACUGUCUUUGGCAGCUGUGACUUAAUGAGGAAAACAAAAUGUGGCUGGUCCACAUUUUCACCAAGGACUUUAAGAGAACGAAGAUGCUUCUUAAUCAUGUCAUGAGUUUCACGAAGUUUGGCAGCAUCAUUUAAAGAGACAGGGAGAUCCAUUAACGCCGAGUAUUGAGCAUCCAUCGUGAGUUCAUCUCUUUCAAGUCUCUCUUGGAGUAAAUUUACCAUAGUUGGUGUUAGUUAGUUCCAGUCCAGAGAUAACAACAUUUGCAUAACCUUUUAAUUCAGCUCUUAAAUAGUUUAAGUUGACCAGAGGCUGAAGGUUUGGAUUCUUGUGAAUGGAGGCUUUAAAAGAGUCCCAAAAUUCUUGCCACUUGAAUCUUGUUUCUUGAAUUUUUGAAGUUCCAGUUUGGAAAGCUUGAUAGUGGGAGUGUGACGAGUAAUUGGAAGACUAAACUGUUUUUCCAAUUCAAGACGUUUUUGUUCCACUUCUACUUUCAUCUUAAGGUCUAUAUCUGCGGUUGUUCUUUUGAGACUCUUUCCCUCUGUUUUUCCUCCUUUUCAGUUGUCUCCUUUUUUCGUUUAGCAAUAUCGAUCCGAACUGUUUUAAGAUCAGAUAUAGCCUCGUCUCCAUCAAGCGCGAGAAUACUGAACUCCUCCAUUUCGUCUUCCAGUCGCUGGCUUUUAGCUUCGUCUUCUUUGGAUACUUCUUGUAGCCGUUCCAGGAAAUCUCUAUAGGAUUUGAGGUUUCCUUCCAACCUCAGGAGUAAUUGAUUGGCUUUGUUCUCUCUUUCAUCCAGAGUAACAUAUUGUUGGAGGAAGGUUUGAGUUUGUUCAAUUCGAACCUUUAGUCGCUUCUUCGUCGGACCUAAACGCUGACGAGUACAUCCGCUCAUGUUCCACGUUUAAAAGGUUUACAACAUCGAUAUUAACCUUGCUCUACUACCACAUAUCGCCAAGGAUGCGAAUACUUAAAGUUUUAACCGUAAAUGUUUGUUUCCACCACAAACAAUUAAGCAAAAUAAUCCAAGGUUCACUUCGACCACGUUUUUCUAAGUCACAGUUUUUUUCCGAGUAGCCAAACCUUCAGGCUUCAAGGCCUUCUUGCUAGUUUCCAGUUCUCCGCGGAAACUCCGUGGCACCAUUAUCUUACCAAUCCACUUUCAAUAUAACUCCGCGCCUUCCACUUCACACGUCUCAAUCAACCCAUAAAAUAUACAACGCUACUGCACUACUCACAAUCAUCCCCAAUAUACCUAAAAAACUUCACGUAUGCGUAAUACAACGACACCCAAAUAAACGUUCCCACAGCGUCUUGUUCAACUCUUUUUUCUUUUCGUUAUCCAGACUAUUCUUCUCCCUAAUUAUUGCCACUUUUAAUUUCAGCUCCAAAAUCAUUUUCGGAGUUCAAAGAACUUAUAAAUGGCUGGUAAGCAACUAUAACAAUGUAGUUACUCUAUAGACGUUCUUUGAACGGUUGAAUGAUCCUGGUUUAAGUGCACAGUUUGAAUCUUUAGGUCAUAUCAAGAUCAGCUGACAAUCGUUGACAGGAUCAAAGCAUGUCACAACCCCAAAAUUACCCCUGAGAAUAAACCCAAGAUGGAGGUAAGUUUGUAAUACAACAGCUGGUCCAUGAUGACGUUCAGUUUUCCUUUUUUAUACCGUAUACUUCGAACGCGCUCUUAGACGGAACGGAGCUUCCACUUUCGCGGGAAAAAGUGCUCUAAAAUGCAUCUAGCAAUAAACCGGUCCGAGCAAACGCCGAGACAUAGGCCUAGUAUGGGAGUUGCUCGCUGCAAGUCAUGGGCUCCUGCCAAAAAUUCAAAAUGCUAUUUUUAGGUCUAAACAUUUUGUUGACUGGUUUGUGGAACUUAAAAAGAUAUACUAAUUUCGCGCCACAAUUGUUCUCAAAGUAAACUAGUCGGUGAAAACACCGGGACGCGAGUGCAUGGAAAUUGCUCGCUCCAGGUCUUGGGCCUCUGCCAUUGGCCAAUUUGAGGUACCGCUUCAGACCGUCUACGUAUUAAGUCGAAUUGCAGAGUUACACUAUAGAGCUAGUUUUUCCCGCGCAACAUCGAAAUAGCCAGUGACAGAAUAGAUAGUGUCCCAAAACAAUCCCAUGAUGCAGUUUAACAGGACAUCCGGUCAGUGUAACACCCAACCUCUCAAUGGCCUUUACUAAAUUUCACUUUGCAGGCAUUGUUCAAUAUUUUAUUGGAGUAUGUUAAUGACCUGUCACUGAUGGGAUCUGAAGAACUGGAGAUGAUUGACAAGCUUUCAAGGUAGCGUCACAUAAUCAAAAAUAAAUUGGACAUAAACAUUCAGUUGCAUCAAAAGGCAUUUUCUGUUUGCUGAUUUGAAUCGUAAAAGGUGUUUAAAACAUAACAGAGUGAAUAACGUACUGAUUAGGUCACAGCUAAAAGCGGUAACUUUCACUGUAACUGGAGCAUAGCAUAACAUAUCCCGGCGUUGGAAACUUAGAUAUCAGAUGCUUUCUUUGUACCAUGCGCGUGACACUGAUAACAUAUUUUCUAAUCUGCUGUAGUUAGUGCGCUCUUUCCAUUAGCUUGUGCCGCCUUUCCUUUUCGCACCCUUAAUUUCUCAUGCGUCUGCUACAUUUUCUCAUUUAAACAAAUUACUAUCGUAGUUUCGUUUUUCUUUUGUGUCUUUCUUUUGGUGAUUUGACAAUAUUUUGUCCCAAAUGAAAGAGGGUCAACGCGGUUAUAGACGCAACUUUUGCAGUUGCGAAAAGAAAGCAUGGAAAAAAUCAGGCUCAUUCGGGAUUCGAACCCUUACCUGUGCAAUACCAGUGCAACGCUCUACCAAUUAGCCCAACAAUGGGUGCAGGUCAUUGAGUUGGUUCGUCAUAAACCCGGAAAAGGAUGACGAUCAAACAAUGAAUAGAUUGAAAUCAUAUGUAGGAACUGCGGGGUGAAAAAGUGAAUGAAAGAAGAUCGUCGCAGUUUUAGACGCAUCGUGAUGGCUUUAUAACGAACCGCUUCGAUAACCUGCUCCUAGUUGGCUUGUUAGCUCAAUUGUUAGAGCACGGCACCGGUAUCACAGAGGGUAAGAGUUGGAGUCCCGAAAAAGGCUGAAUUUUUUCAGGCUUUGUUUUCGCAAAUGCAAAGUUGCGUCUUUGACUGCGAUGAUCUUCUUUCAUUUAAUUCUUCACCCCGCAAUUUCUAUGUAUGAUUUUCAUAAACAUAUUUUCAUCAUUUCAAUUUUGUCUAUCGGUGAGGUUAUGACUUAGAAGAGCACGCUUCACCCUUUGACUCAGUUUUCCGCCAUUUUGUUUUUAGGCACCUGUUUGAUGUUGCACAGUAUUCACCUCUUCACUCAGCGAGACAAAUGCAACAGAUUGUAAAAGACAUACACAAGAGCUUUACAGAGAAUCGUGACAGACUAGGUAAAUACAUUCCUCAGUAGCUUGAUCAACCUCCUUUCCAGGUUUCUCUCCUACUUGUUUCUCUCGUCCUCUCUCUCUUUCCGUAAUAGAAGUUCGGGAGAGCCCUGGGAACGAGGUGGUAACUUUCAUCUGCCUACUUUAUUUAUUGAGAUAGUUCGACGUCUCCUUGCUUUGCGGAAAGAGGCUACUUUUUCACGAUGUAUACUGGCCUGCGUAAAGCACAUACCGCGAAUAAGUAGCCUCUGCUCGCAGGGUACUUCUCCUUAACACCAGCGCAUAAAACAAGACGCUUUUAAAGGACAUGGUGAAACAUAAAUCUGUUUCAGUAAAGUCGAAAUAAUCUCACACUGUGAAAAUGAGGCCAAGAGUAAAAUGUUUCACUUAAAAAUCAGUUUUAUUUGCUUGAGAAAAAAAAGCGCCUUUAUAUUUAGCCUGUUCCAGGCUCUCAGAUAGUAAUGAUGCCGUGUAAUUGUGUAAGGCAGGCAAAAUAUAAGCGCGUGAUCUGGGGAAAGGGGGGCGGUGGCAGUCUUCCUCUCCCCAGUUUCCUCCCUUUUUAUUUUCGUGUUCGUGCUUUCUCGGUUCCCGGAACAGGCUUCUUCAUAUUAAAGGCUUCUGAUUACCUUCAUCCUAGUUGCAAAAGAGAGGAUUGAGGUUUUAAUUUCGGAAAUGGCCUAUCGUCAUGGUUUCUCGCAAUAAAGGCAGCAAAAAUAGUUGAGAACUUGUUUCAAAUGUAGGUAACCAGCGCUAAGCGUGUGAAAAGUAAAAACACUUGCUCUUCAAUUGUCUUGACCCUGCUGAUUAAGAGAAGGUGGGUCGGUGAGGUCGCCUUCUCUUCGGAUCUUAGCAAAACAAGGAGGCUUUGUGCGGGAAACCGCAGUGUGAAAUCAGUGGGAAUUCCCCACUUCAGACUUUUUAAGGUGAUUCCCGAAAACACUACACCCAUAGCUUGUACCCAUUGAGUUUCUGAGGGUGGGAAUCAGCUUCUCAGAACUCAUGUUUAACAGCUUUGUGUUUCUCAAAUUAAAACAAAAAGACUGGAGUCAAUUAAAUCUCACUUUGUCAAUACUAUAUUUUAGGAGGGAAAGGAAUGUUUCUGGGUCUCUCUGAGGUGAGUCGUCCAUUAUACUUUUCUUGAUUUAAUCAAACGCCAUGGUGGAUGCCCUAUGCUGCCAAGGGGACGUUGAGGAUUAAGUCAGGUCAAUUAAUCGAUUUCUAAUAGUUAGAGCAAGUCGACAACGACACUUUAUUGUGCUCAUGCACAAAAUAAUAACUACAAUUGAAAGGAUGCAAUGAAGCGUUUCUCGAGCUCGUGUUAAAAUAGUUUGUUCUGAUUUGUUAAGAAAGUUGUAGCAACAGUUGUUUGGCCAAUCGCGAAGCGUUGGAAUUCAAGUUAAGAAAAAAAUUAAUUAAUGGCUUUCGACAUGUUACUUGAAGGUCUUCGCAACCACCGCGAAGACCGGGUAUGAUCGAGCUUGCUUAACUUCGGAUCAGAAAAAUUCGUAAUUUAUCAAAAUAAAUAAAGGUAUAACAAACAAUUGUCAAUUAGACUUCUGCCUGGGCUGAGCAUACAAGAGAUGGUAGUUACAGUAGUUUGACUGGCCGGUAGCCAAUUGCGUAUAGAACCAUCGUCAGAUAUAGCGGCCAACAUGUAUGCGCUAUUUUCCAAGUGAGGUCAAGAUGGGUGGAUAUUGGCCUUGUUGUUGCUGUUUUUUUUUUUUUUCGUUUUUAUGGACCGAGACGAAGUCGAGGUCAACAAAAACGCAAAAGAGAGAGAGGAGAAUAUCCAGCCGUCUUGGCCGAAUAAGCUUUGUCAAUAAAGGAUUUAUUAAAUGGCCCAAAAGAGAAUUUUUUCAUGCGGGAUCUUCUCGGGAAAUCCCGAGCUUACCCUCUCUGGUAGCCAAUCAGAACGGAGGAUUCGCUUCAUCUUGCCCGCUUGAGGAUUUUGCGAUAUAAUAAGUGGCAUUAAGAAAAGGGUUUCACUGGGCUGAACGUCAGACGAUAGCCUUUACGUCCAACUUGAGGAUUUAUUCAUUUAGCCCCAGAUCCACGAAUUUUAUUUUCUACAAACCAAUGACAGGAAAUGAGACGUGGUUAAGAGCAAUUAAUCUUAUUCGUGAACUACAUGCGGCGAUGUCGUUGCCCAUUCUUUGAAAUGCAAGGUCAUCGAAGUAAUCUAUAUCGACGGUUUCAACUGACGAAAACUUAUUUUAAGCACAGUAGGCAGGAGGUGGAUUGUUUUGUUUACCAGGUUCAUCUCGUUAUUGCUGUGCUACAUGAAUUUUAAAGCUUUUCUUGUUAACAUGGGAUAAGUUUUAGUACUAUUUCCAUAACACAAGAAGCUUUAGUACAAGAAAUUUUUGCAACAAGAAUUAAACUUUGUGGUGCCAAUCAGCCCACGUCUAUGAACUCCAAUGCCUUUACGUUAGUGGCCGGGGGGAGGGUGUUAUUUUUCUCCGUAAGUGGAUGUUGAUAUUUUUAUGCUGCUGUUUUAUUGUAGCUGAUGAUUCUCCGGAUCGUAUCCAUACUGUUCUCAGCGUCAGAUUUUAAACACGCUGUUUGUACCCCGGCUAUGGUCCUGAUGUCGCAAGUUUUGGUGCAGGUGAGGUUUGAUAGUGCUUUGUAUAGUCGUUCUCUGGUCAAAUGAGGCGCAAUACAGUAUCUGCUGCUUCCCCGCCAUAACUCAAUGUGUGCGCCUUAAUUAGCUACUCCGUAAAAUUAUGAAGGGAGUUCCCCGCCCCGCCCCGUCCCGCCCCGCCCCGCCCUGCCCUGAGGGGAUCAUCUACUAAGUGAAUUAAGUGCUAUCGCAGAAGAACAAUGAAACCGCCUGCAUUCGUCUCAUUCAGCCGAAUUCCGCUAACAAUAUCUGAUGCACCGCUAGAGCUGCUGUGGAAGAGGCUGUUCACGUUCCACCUGAAUUGUAAAUAACAUCCCUGGGGAUUAAUUAAUGAUAUUCAAAUGAGUAUAUAUAAUAGGAAACACUGGCACGUUUUGUCCUCAUUCACUUCACUGUGUCCGACAAGAAGGGCAUUUGCCGACUCGCCCACCCUCCCGAGCGAGUAAGUCGGGUUCUAGAUUACCUACAUUCAAUUCAGUCUGUCUUGGAACGGCUUGGAAACUAAAAUUUCGAGGAAGUUUUUGGACUUUUUACAUUCAGGGCAUGAAUUUUGCGUCAUUUCAGGCCAUGGAACCUAAAAAUGAACCUAGCUAGCUGUAAAAAGGGGCAAUACGGAGGAAAUGCGUCCUAGCCGGCAUGAUCACAUGCUGUUUACGGAAAAUUCUCUCAUCCAUGUAAGGAAAUUCUGUAUUUUAAAGCCUCCCCUAGGGCAUGACUCAGCAACUGAGGACAUUUCUGCUACGUUUUCAAUGUUGGUUAGCAUGCAAGAAUUUUUCCCAUGCCUAUCGUCAAUGAUUUGCUCACUGGUAAUAGAGGGGGUGGCCCCAGAGUGGUUUUGCAUUGAAAUUGGCAUGCAACAGAAUUUCGCAUGCCCUGUAAGUACAAUUUGAGGUUCCGGGACCUUCUCACCCAGGCCGCGAGAAGCCUAGGUUCUAGUAAUAAGUAAUUCAUACCCAGCAAAAUCUCAGGCAUGCCGGGCAUUCCACAUUCUCUGACAUGCCCGGCAUGACAAAUUCUCUAGCAUGCCGGGCGUGCCAUAAUCUGGGUCAUGCCGGGCAUGCCAAAAUCGGUCCCUGGCAUGCUCUCAACGCACAGGUUAUAAUUCCUUGAAUCUACAGAUAUUUUAAGCCUGGCUAAAAAAAAAAAAAACUAAACAGAUCACCGUGCUUAUCUUUUGAUGUACGGUUACACGAUGACGUCAUUGCUCUUCCAUUUGGUUGUCCCAGCGAAGUUUCAAUAACAAAAGCUCUAAUUUUCACAAGAAAGUAAAACCCUGAGGGAUUCUGCCGUAGUAAUAAAACAGCGUCAUCGUGGAGAUGACCUGUUGGGGGAUUGUAAAAACUCCUCAGCCCUUUUAAUGAGUCUUUAAUAGGAUUCCCAUUUCACAUUGCGAAUAAAAUGGAAUUGACUGAAAUCAGUAAAAAGAGAGACAGACACUAUUUUCAUUGUAUAAUAAAAUGCAUCUAUGUUCCAUGAAAGCUUUUAAAAAUACAAGGUUAUAGAAUAUCUUUCAAAGUUCAUUACAAACUGAGCUAAGCCCCAAAAUCAUUGUUCAUUUUUCAGUAAAUUAUGAUGUUUGACAAUGCAAUGUGCUUGAAUAUAACGUUGCAAUUACAAAUCUCUCUAAAGCAAAUUUCCCUACGUUAGAAAAGCUGUUUUUAUCUUGUUUCACAUUUUGAUAAGGAGUCUGAGUUCCUCUUUCUUGUUUUGUAGGCUUGCCAGGGAUUAUUGUUUAUGUGUCAUUACCAGUGUCUGUUUUCUCUGUUUUUAACUCAAAGUAAGUCAGUAAUAACUGACAGUAUCAAAGAAUUGCUCUCUAGAAAAGUAAUUAUCUCCUAGUCAUGUCUGGAAGUUACCUGUAACAAAAAAGAAAUGGAAUGUUAACACAUGCAAGGGCAAUAUGAGAAAAAAGAAAAAGAAUAUGUAGAGCUCAGCUUCUCUUAACAUAUUUUCAUACUGGCUUGUUGAGUCUGUUAAAGGUCGCAACUGCUAAUUGUCUGAGGCUAAUUUCACAAGAGUGUGCAAUUGAGAUAAAUGCAUGGUAAAUAAAGUGAAAGAAACGUGGUUUCACAUUAGCCAAUUUACAUUGCGUUGUUCGAUGAUGUUUACACGCUCUUCUACUGCGAAAUAAACCUUUGCAUUUGGAUUUGCAAGUCAAGAUUAUACCGAGUUUGACUGGCUUAAUUGAACAACAGUUUCAUUUUUAAGCAGGUAAGGUGUAGACCCAUAUAAAGCCGAAAUAUGUAAAGGAAACUCAGCGAAAACUUUUUCGCAUCUUUUUGUGGCGAUAUUCUCCCACGGCCCGUCAACUGAUUAGGGGAUGCGAAGAAAAAAUAAAUUAGGACUAAAGGUUAAAGCCUGUCCGUUUACACCAUUUGGUAUGUUACCUAGAGUUCUAAUAAAUAGGUCAUAAAAUAGGAUUUAACGAGAGCGAAUUUGUUUCUCAAUCGGUGUAUAAAAAAGUGAAGCUAUCAAAUGAGAAGUUUAUAGAGUAUCAAAAUUAUUAAAGUAAAAGCUCAUAUAAUUAGGAAAAUUCCUAUGCGAAAACAAUGCUAGUGACAUUAAAUUGAUCAGAUAAAAUUCUGAGAAAAUAUGUCGAAUAAAAGCCUCAUUGUUUGCUUUUGUUUUUGCGUAAAGGUAAAUUUUUCGGUCCACAAAGCAAAGUUGAAAAAGCGACUAAAUCUUAGUUUUUUUACAUUGAACAUGUUUAUUAGCUUAGUUUUCGUCCGUUUUAAAAGCUUUAUAACCCAGUCAUAAUUUUCGGGUUAAAAUAGUACAAAAUCAUUUCAAAAACCAUGUUCAUUUAAAGUAGAGCCAGCAAACGUGAACAUUUUGUAAUUCAAAAGUCGGACCCAGCCAGGUUGUUUAAGCUUAGAAUUAUUUGCAUUUUAGCGUCCUAUAAAUUUACCAGAAUCGCCUCUCAGAGGCUUACUGUAGCAAAGCAUUUUGUAGUACACUCGUAGACAAGCAAUGUAAGCCUUAAGUCUUUGCUUGGAUGAGAUGUCCAAAAGAAAAAUUAGUUUUGUGGACCUAAACGCACAUUCACAGACUGCUUAUACUGAGUUGUUUACAACUUUGCAUUGACACCUGCAGCAUGUUCAUUUUUAUAAAGCGAAAUCCAAAUCUGAUUUUGGCAUUUGAUUUACGGAUAUUUUAUUUUGUCUCCAAAAGUGAUUGUAAUAUCCGUUUGAUUGUCUUUCGAACAACAGUCAAACUAUGCAGCAAAAAUAAGUAACUUUACCAGUACAGUGAAAAAAUAUGACCGUAGGCGCCAAAAAUAAUUAUACUCGAGCUAUAAAAUUAGAUCUGACUUUUUUUGGCUUUGGUUUCUUUAUUUUUGAGGUUUUCUCUAGUCUUCUUAGCAGCAGAAGAAGAUUACAAGACAUACAAUCAGAAACAAUCCGAAGUGAACGAGUUGACAACCACUUAUGACACUUAUGCCGGAGUUCUUAGGCAUGCUCAACAGUAAGAUAAACUGAAUGCCAAAAGACUAAUUCACGGGAUUUGUUCGAUAUUCAGGCUUUUUCUUUACCAAAUUAAUACUAAAUUUGUACUUACAGUCUCUCGCAGAAUCCAUUUCUUGUCCAGCUUUCACCAACAUCUCAACCAUGCACCGCAGAAAAAAAAGACAAACAAAUGCGAAGAGACAUGACCACAUCGUGACGCCACAACUGCCACGCUACAACAAACUAGAUUCAUCGUCAUCCGAAAACACUUCUGCGGAAAUUCGGCCGAUUUCGUGCGUGCUCGGGGUAUCUUCGGAUGACGCAGAUGACGUUGCUCAAAGGACUAUCGUCAGCAAGGACUAAACAGUUUGCGAGAUUCGCAUAGCCGACAAGAAGCGCACUGAAAAACUAAGCAAAAUCUCUCUGAGAAGGCAGUCCAAAUUCACCAGAUCAGAACGUCUUUGCAGUAUUAACGUCGUACUCUCGUACUGACUUGAACGACCUGGUAAGCUUAAUUUUCACCAGUCUUUUAUGCUGUUGACCAGGAAACAUUCCGACGCGAUAAAACUUAAGCAUGAAUAAGUUUAUACUGAGAAGAUUUGUUAUCUUAUUGUUUAAGACGCUUUUCCGGGAUCAAAUUUAAAUAUGGACCCAGAAAUGUCAGUAUCGGUUUGAAAUAAAAGGAUUAAUCUUUGAUUGCAAGUUAAGUAUUCUAUUUUAUGCAUGAAUAAUGUUGUUUUGUUGUGCUUUUUAUUUAUAAAUCCAGGCUUCUGUCUUCGAUUUUGCCAGUCGAUCCCGUGACACACAUUGUGACAAACAUGACUUUUUGUUAUAAUCAGCAUUUAUUGCCAGGCAUGAAACCUGUCAUUUCAAGCUCCCUAAGAUAUAUUUGGCGAUUAUAUGUGAUUCUCAGGAUAUGAUGCUGUAGCGAACAUCAAAAUCAGUCUCGCUGGGCAUGCGAAUUUCUUGCCUGGCAUGCCGGGCAUGCCAAACCAACUGGCUUCACGAUCUGCAUGCCCGGCAUGCCAAACCAGAGGAGCAAAAACUGGGAAUGAAUUAUCAACCCGGCGAGAGAUCUGGGAACUAAGUUUAGCUGGGUCAAUUUUGGGCUGCGAGGGCAUGAACCCAUUUUUUCCAUGCCUAUGAGAUGUUGUUUCUAAGUACCAAUGUUCCCUUGAAUUUUGUCAUGCCUAAAUAUAUAAAAUUUUCCCUCUCUCAUUAAUCCUCAGACUGGAUGCGAUUUUUACGCUCGCUAAGCAUGUUCAACUGAAAAUCAUGCCCAUACCCUUAUUCAAAACAAAAUGCUAUCAAAUUUUAGUUUCCAAGCCGUUAUUGGGCUUGUCCCAGGUCAGAUUGACUCUCCAUACCUUGUUAUAAUGUCGUGAAUAACAAUACCCAGGGAUGAAUAUUAUACUAUCCACUCCGCAUGCAAAAUACACCUUGAAAUACACAAAAGGAUACACAAAGAUCCGACACUUCAGAGAAGCCAGUUAGCCGUCCUACCCGUACACACAAUAAGGACCUUACGAUCCAAUAACGACAACGUCCGUGAAAACUUCGCUGAAAAAUAGACUCCGCAUCCUUUCAAACCAUUUCGCGAUUAUCUCUUGUCGCCCAGCUACUUAAAAGAAGGGAAUUUGUGUUGGAGCUGUAGAGAGGGGUCCGCGCCCGAGUUCAGACAGAGAUGGUAGAAUUUAUCGCCUUGCCAUGCCCGUCCUCCAAAAAUGUAAAAUUUGGUCAUUUCACUUCGUAGUCGUGCAGGGACGGCAAAGAAAUUUACGAAAAGGCGUGGUGCAAGUGCAGAGUUGUUGUUUUGCUGACUAAACCUAUUGCUUUUCGACGUUGCCGUCGCCGUCGUAGUUUCGUAAGGUCCCUAACGCAGCAUGGUGUGCAAACGCGCGUGUAAUGUAUGAAUCAUCACUAGCCAAUCAAUGAAACUUUAACGCAGAACAUCGCAAAACAUCGCACGCAGCAAAUCUAUUGUAAAACCAUGCUUCCUUUCUUGUCUUCGGGAGGAGUAAAAGACAGUCAGGCGAUGAACAGUCCUAAAGCAAUCGCUUUACAUAGGCAACGUUGUUUACACGUGAAAGUAAACCUUUGCCGUUUUCUCUUGUUAUUAGAGAGAUUAAGAUUCUCGUUUACGCCAAACGGCAAACGUGAAUUUGUACCAAGUUUUUCCCUUAAUUGUCGUUAACUGUUUAUUAAUUCAACUAAAAAAUAAGUAGUUUCACGCCCGUUUUAUACAUAAGAAUUGUUCUGGACAGUUUUUAUCUGCUUAUUUUCUAUUCUGAGAAAUUCUCAACUUGAAUCAGACGUUUGAAAUUUGGCGUAAACGUGAAUCUUAAUCUCUCUAUUUUUUGGUAUUAAAUCGUUGAACCUUGCGUCUUUUUAAACCUUGUUUCUCCCAGAGUCCAGUGCGGUGCAUGAGAGACGUAUUCAGAGGUCUUUUUAUCUGUGAUUUGUGUCUUGAGGUUUGUUUCCGUUACUUUAAUUUACUUUAAUUUGUUUGGGAAACUGCCCACCUACCCCUUCCCUAAGCUAACAUCAACACUUACUUCUCACUCUGGGCAAAGUGGUGGCUUAGUGGAGGGGUAGGUGGGCAGUGUCCCAGAGACCUAAAUUGAUCCAUUUGCUUUUUUAUUAUUGUGAAGCUCUCUUGUUUUACUCAUGUCCCCACUAGUAGUCAUGAACUAAAAAACUUUUUUCCUUGUUACCUUUAUCUCUAUGCACAUUUGCCGCACCCUAAUCAUAUGAUAUCUGUUUUGUUUUUAUUUAUUACAGUGUACUCUUUUUCAGCUAACAGUACAAAACUUACAAAGUUUCUUAACCUUUUCACUCAAUGAGGAAGCCAAAGUCAAAAUUAUAAACAACCAUCUAGAUUUCAUUUUGCAAAAUGCUAAAAAAACACAUAAUACCACGUGAAAGUACUGCCAAAAAGUUUUCAUUUAAAUGGUAACACCAUAGGAUUUCGUCCACAGACUCAAAAGUUAGAACUACAUACUAAAUAAAUAGCACCAUGUGAAAGUACUGGUGAAGAUGUUCCAUUUGGAUGGUAACAUCAUAAGAUUUCAUCCACAGACUCAAGGUUAAAUCCACCUGACAAGUGUCCAUCGUUAGCUCUGGGAGUGAGAGUAUUUGCCCUCGGACUUGGUCCUGCCAUUGCGUUGUUUCCUUAGAAAAAACAGACUAGCCACAGUCUCCUACUAUUUUUUGUAAGAUCGUCGACAUCGUGCGCCCACCUUACGAACGGGCAUCGUCGUUUCAAAUGUACUGAUGGGGUGGGUCCUGGGGUUUAUAGCGGCGGGGAAAGGGACUAUCCCCCGCCCCAUGAGUAGAUCUGAUACUUAUUCCCAGGCUACACUCGGUACAUUUGAAGCCAAGAUGGCCGCCCGUAAGGGAAGGUGCUCGAUUCUGACGAUAUUACGAGAAAAGUCAAAGGGGACUGUGAACAGUCUAGGAGAAAAAUUUUACUCCACUUUGUCUCAGUUCACCUUGGUAUCAUAAAUGUGUACCGGGGAAAUACACCUCGGAUAACCCUACUAUGGAGUAACAUUUCAUCCAGGGACACUAGCAAUGUUUCUAGGUGUUGUAUUCUACAAAACCUUGGAAAGUCCCGCCUCUGUGAACCAUUUUUAGCCCGUCUGUGCCUCAUCUUCUUUUGAUCGCACAAACCCUAUCAUCUCUAACGGUGGCGCGAUUAAGAGACUUGACUAAAUGUGUUUUCGUUUAUGUUUUGCAGUAUAUAUCUUUAUCAAAGCGACUUGUACCAGAAGCUAUUAAUUUCUUAUGUGGUAUUCUCUUUCUGGGAUCCAGCAAAGAAGGCCGCACUCGUAAGUGACCAAAAACUUGCGCAGCGGGAAUGUAGUUCCUGUAAGCUUUGUUUUUGUUACCGUCUGAAAACGAGGCUAACAAUAAGCACCACUCUCCCUUUUUGGUUUAUUUAACGUCUUUUUGCUUUGUCCUUCAAGUUGAUAAGUCAUACUGUCUUUCCGUAGGCAGUCAUGUAUAUAAUGUAAAAACAACUGUUCUCGAUGAAAGCGCUAUCUAGUUAGUCAGACGGUCGGUCACGCACAGGAGGCAGUCAGUUUGUCUAUUAGCUACAGUACUCAGCCAUGGGGAAUGACAGACAGCCAGUUUUGUAAAUAAAUCAAUUAAUUUUGUCUUCGUUUCUCUUUGAAUAGUAGCUUCAAGCAAUUCGCCACUUUAGAAACAAGAGGGGAACUGAAGCCGAAAUACGUCCCGCAAUUGUGUCUGGGAUGGUUACUGGGGAGGCGCCGGUCAGCUAUUGGCCAGUUUUUGUUUACCUGUAGCUAGUAACAAUGCCAGACGUCUUUGCUAAAGUUAACGCGUCCCAGUUUCCUUUCUCGUUUCUAAAGUGGCGAGUCCAUAGCUGUAAUGAAAGGUUCCUUUCAAACUCCUUGAAAUUAUUCGGUUAUAUAUUCAAGAGUAACCAACCAUUCUGCUUUUACAGCUCAACUCGUACUACCGUUCAAAGAGAGUACUAAAUGGCGUGAUCUUCUCAAACUUCAGUCAGAUGCCAGGUGAGUAAAACAUCUCCCAGGCUUUUUUUCGUCAAUUGAAAUGAUUGCCGGAUUUAAAGGGGUUACGUCAAGUUAUUUGCGUUUUUUUUGAUAUGCUAAAAGGUGUCUUCGUGUCAAUUGAAUUCCAAAAAAAAUGCCCCAACUUUGUCAUUUAAGACUAUAUUUAGGCAUUGAAACUGUUUCUUGUCGUCCGUUGCUACGGUUGGCAAGGAUGGGCCAGUACUGUUGUUAGGUUUAAGAUUUAUCACAGACUUUUAGAUUCUAAGACGAGGACGACUACGAGAACGAUCAAUACUAAGUAUAGGCUCAGUCUCCAACCUUUGGUGUCUCGAUGCGCCCGCGGUACUCCCGGGGGGGGGGGGAGUACCGCGGGCGCAUCAAGACACCCAACGCUGGAGAUUGAGCUUAUACUAAGUAGUAUGCGCGCACAUGAACCAGCGUCAUUUUGGCGGGAAAUAGUCGUGGUCAUUCUACUACAGGUUUAAGCGCAAGUGUCGUAGUGGCGGAAACAAGUUGUCCUUCAGUAAAGAUAACUGUGCUAGCUUUUUGGUGAAAAACAAGUAAAGUGGAGCUUUCCGGGGUGUCUCUUUCUUGAGAAUACGCGCAAAAACUUGAAGUCAAAUCUCUCGGGAAAUAGUCGUCGUCAUUUUACUACGGGUUGUAGCGAAAAUGUCGUCGUGGCGGAAACAAGUUAUUGAGUGUUAGAAGUUUUGCCAUUUUGCGAAUGGGAGAGGGCUUAACCUCCUUCAGUAAAUUUAACAGUGCUAGCUUUUUGGUGAAAAGUAAGUAAAGCGAAGCUUUCCGGGGUUUCUCUUUCUUGAGAAUACGUGAAAAAACUCGAAGUCAAAUCUCGUAGUCGUUCUCGUCCUCGAAUCCAAAGGUACGUCUCUGUGACGAAGUUGCACAGCAGAGUGGGUCAACAUUCGUCUCACUAAACAGUUCCAUAGUACAUUUCGAUAAAAAACGGCCCCCUCAAAAUUGCUAAUACUGUCGUGGGGUUCAAGAUUUAUCACAAAGGUGAUAUUGCAUGGGACGAUUCGCAACGACGAUAUUUAGAGCAACACAGCGUUGCAAUAUUGUUGCGACAUUGUUUCAAAUAGUUACAACAUUGUUCCAACAUUGCAACGCUGUGUUGCGCUAAAAAUCGUCGUUGCGAAUCGUCCCGUGUAACAUCACCUUAAGUAGUGCGCGCACAUAUAAACCAGCGUUAUUCUUGGCGGGAAAGCGUGAUAGCCGCUGUCACUCUACAUCGGGAUUUAACGUAAACAAGUUGUCAAAUGUUAAAAAUUCUAUCAUUUUGCGACCGAGAGAGAGCGUAACCUCCUUCAGUAGAAGGGACCUUGAAAUCCGAGGACGGCAACGGCAACGGCAAUGAAAACGUCACUGAAAAAGUGAAUUCGCGUUCUUUCAAUCUUCAUCACGAUUAGUCCAAGUCACUACCUUUGUCAAAUGUAGGCGAACCCUCGUAAAGUUGAAUUCUUUAGAACCAUACCCAAGUUCAGAAAGAGAGGGGAAAUUUCGUCGUCGCUUGUGUAUUUCCUCUGUGCAACGUGAAAUUGGGCAUUUUCACGUCGUAGUCGUGCUAUGACGGCAAAGAAAUGUACAAAAAAGUGUGAUGCACGUGUAAAAAUUGUUAUUUUGCUAAUUAAUCCUAUUGCUUUAUAGACGUCUCGUUGACGUCGCCGUCGUCGGAUCUUAAAGGGAACCUCCACUCUUACUACAAAAUAAGUUUAAAUCGAAUAAAAUUAUGUUGAUAAACAAAUUUGUUCGAAAUUUGUCCUUAAAAAAAGUGUUUAUAUCAGGAAAAGUGAAUUUUAAAAUCGCUUAUUUUCACUUUCAAAUUUCGCGGGCGCUGCCAUCUUGAAUAAUUGUGACGUGUUAUGGUUGCUCUAUUGUUCUGACACAAAGAGCUUUUGUUUAAUAACAAUAGGGCCACCGUAACACUUCACAAUUAUUCAAGAUGGCGACGCCCGCAAAAUUUGAAAACAAGAAUAGGCGAAUCUAAAAGUUAUUUCUUUCGGAUAUAAACGCUUUCUUUAAAAAUAUUUUAGAUUGACUUGACUGUAACAGUUAUUUGCUGUGAUUUAAAGUUAUCUUUUUGUUGAAGUGGAGGUUCCCUUUAAGGUCCCUAGAAAUAACCCUGUUAACUUUUAUGAUGAAAAAAGUAUAAUGAAGCUUUCCGAGGUGUCUAUUGUUUGAGAAUAGAGAGAUUAAGAUUCACGUUUACGGCACACGGCAAACGGCAAACGUCAGUUGAGAAUUUCUCAAAAUAGAAAAUAAGCAGAUAAAAACAGUCCAGAACGAUUCCUUUGGAUAAAACUGGCAUAAAACUACUUAUUUUUGUGUAGAAGCAAUAAACAGUAAACGAAAAAUAAGGGGAAAACUUGGUCACGUGGUACAAAUUCACGUUUGCCGUUUGGCGUAAACGUGAAUCUUAAUCUCUCUAAUACGCGAAAAAACCUUGAGAUCAAAUGUCGUCCUUGUGUCUAAAGAUCUCUGUUGUGGCGCCUCCGAUCUGUAGACUCUUUGUAAUUAGUUAGGAUUACUUCUUGUUCUUCGACCGUCUUACCAGACACCGUCAUCUUGAAAAUGAAAGCAUGUAUAUGCAUGUAUAUCACGUGUCCUUUCUAGGAGGUCUCUUACGUUGAGAUGAAACAUAUUUAUUCCAGCUUUUCGUUUUUUGUCUUCCGCAACCGUCCUCUUGGUAGCAAGUGGGAAGUUUUAAGUGGAGUCUGAAAGAAUCGCCAUUGUGUUGCUCGUUUAAUACAUAAGCUACAAAACCGUUUUACGGGCCAUGAGCUUUGACAAAUUCUCCUCCAUGCCAGGGAUGAUUCCUGGGCAGAAUGAUUGGUGAUAUGGACAACGUAAUGUUCUUAUACGUGUUGUAACAUCUUUAUCAAUAUAAUGUUAUUAUGCUACUAUGUAAUGUUAUUAUAGUUUAGUGAAUAAAACGUUUUAACGAUUUGAUAAUGGCUGUCAUCAAACAAAUUGCAAAGGUUUCUUUAUCUUUUAGCUCCUUGGUUGUGAAACCUUUACCAAUAACAAAGACCCUUGGAGAAGUCUCAGAAGCGGAACUGACAACAGAUGAAGUGAGGUAAAGUAAAGACAAGUCCACAAGAUAGCAUUUUCAUUAAAUAUUUUAGUUGCCAGAAGCCUUCCAUACAAUUGUUUCAUGGCAUUUUAUUAAACACGUCUUCUUCGACCGGCUUUAAGUACACACAACUAACGUGCCGAACCGUAUUUUUUUAACAAUAGGGACCUUAAGAUCCGAGGACGGCGACGGAAGAGAAAACGUCGCUGAAAAAGUGAAUUCGCGUUCUUUCAAUCUUCAUCGCGAUUACUCCUAAAGUUGAAUUCCUAAGAACCAUAUUCAAGUUCAGAAAGAUAGAAAAAAUUUCGUCGCCGCUUGUGUACUUCCGCUGUACAUCGUGAAAUUAGGCAUUUUCACGUCGUAGUCGUGCAGUGACGACAAAGAAACUAUGUACAAAAAAGCGUGAUGCACGUGCAAAAUUGUUGUUUUGCUGAUUAAACCUAUUGCUUUUGUGGCGUUCCCGUUGCCGUCGCCGUUGUGGGAUCGUAAGGUCCUUAAUGAGGUAUGGAAGUAUAGUGGCUUUCGAAUCUUACGUAGUUUUUGGCUAUGUUCCACUUAGCCUCCCACGCAGGCGUUUUUAGGGGAGCUCGCUUUUCAUCCCUCCCCACAAACGCCUGCUCAACCGAAGACAACAUUCCUUUCCCAUGCUUAGCCAAUCACAUUGUACUUUCCAAAUUCUGGAAAGUUGACCUUGACCGUAAGGUAAUCUGAUAAUUACUCGAUCUGCAUGAAACACUGCAAAAACUUUCUAACCUCCAGUAAAUGUUAGAUUCAGAGCGGCAAAAAUACGAUUUAAUCAAAUUUUAGAAUACUCCAUGCACAAAACGGUAACUGUAGGGUCACCUUUUAGUCGCGUUUAGCUUGUCAACACUUUAUUGCACAACUGUUUAUUGGUCACUUACCACGCAAAUAAAACAAUGGGAAAGGAAUGUUGUUUCCGGUUGAGCAGGCGUUUGUGGGGAGGGAUGAAAAACGAGCUCCCCUAAAAACGCCUUCGUGGGAGGCUGUGUUCCAUUAUACUGAAUAGCCUUUGCGCCGCCCGCCGGCCCAAAAAUCAUACCAGUAGGGAUUCUGUUCACACAUAAGAACGGUGAUUUUGGCGCGAUUUCUGUGACGGAGCGAGGCUGCGCCGCGCCGAUCUAGAAAGUGUCUCGUCUCAUAUCGGAUAGGUAUUGUGUCUUCGUAAGCGCAGUACGAACACCUAUCGGCCCGUCGCGGAACUAAAUAAGUAGGAGCGAGGACCGGAACCCACUUAGACGGAUGUAUAUUCAGGAUUGAGGACUGGGAUUAAAGUUCACCAAACCCUCUCGCCAACCGCUCCGGCACGAUGUUCAAUGUGUGUGCACGAUUUGUGCCGCCCGGGUCCGUUGGUGUUCAAACUAUACCAGAUUAUUUUUCAUGUCAGCACGAAAAGCAAUCUCGUAUAGUGUGAGCAUAGCCUAUUUUUCUUCGGCACGUAACUAUUAUCUCGGGAGGCUGUCGCAUUGUCCGACAUAGAGCGAUAAUUUAAACUCUUCCCACAACUCAGAAUGGUAUCUUUUGACUGGUAAAAUUUUUGUUUUAUUCUUCUACCCAAGUACGCCGUUUGAAUCAGUGGCGUGCUUCCGUAGUUGCGCCAAAAUAGCUCUGAAGUCGAACUUUAUCAAUGUUCGGCGAAUGAGCUGUACGGCGAUCAAGCCGAUGCUUACUCGCUAUACUUGUAUUAAUUUCAGGAUUUCCGCGUUAAAUCAUUGCCUGUCUGCCUUGAACAAAUUUGUCGACAUGUACGAAGACCUUCCCGCAAGUUUAGAGAUAUUUGCGCCAGUUAAAGAACACUUGCAAAGGUACGUAACGAAGUGUCAAUUCAAAUACCAGAAGUUUUUUAAUCAGAGAUUCACACAUGAUUUUCUUUUCUCUUUAACAUUUAAUGAAUGAUUUUGUAACUGGUUUCGUUUAGAGUCCUGAAUUCCUGAAAAAGUCUUGAAAUUUGUAAACCAACAAGAGCUACAACAAAUGCUUCAUAAUAAGGGAAUUUUUCCCCGUGGUCGAAUCUUGCCCGCAGGCAAGACAUUCAAUCAUAGAAUGAGAACUUUCAGAACUCUCUUGUGUCCGAAUUGCACCGUGGUAACUGUACUUUUGUAGUUUAACCUUUAAUGAAUGAUUUUGUAACUGAUUUCGUUUAGAAUCUUGAAUUCCUGAAAAAGUCUUGAAAUUUGUAAACCAACAAGAGCUACAACAAGUGCUUCAUAAUAAGUGAAUUUUUCCCCGUGGUCGAAUCUUGCCCGCAGCCAAGACAUUCAAUCAUAGAAUGAGAACUUUCAGAACUCUCUUGUGUCCGAAUUGCACCGUGGUAACUGUACUUUUGUAGUUUAACCUUUAGUGAAUGAUUUUGUAACUGAUUUCGUUUAGAAUCUUGAAUUCCUGAAAAAGUCUUGAAAUUUGUAAACCAACAAGAGCUACAACAAGUGCUUCAUAAUAAGUGAAUUUUUCCCCGUGGUCGAAUCUUGCCCGCAGCCAAGACAUUCAAUCAUAGAAUGAGAACUUUCAGAACUCUCUUGUAUCCGCAUUGCACCGUGGUAACUGUACUUUUGUAGUUCAUCAUGAAAAAUGCUAAGGGUUCCUGCCUUUUUCCAGUUCUCUAUUGGUCACCUAUUUGAUAUCCUUGAGUCCGGAAAAAGAAAUUGUUGUUUUGGAAAUGGAAAAAGUCUUCUAUUUUGGAUCCAAAAAGCCUAUACGAACCCUGUUGUAAAGUGUUCUCUAAAGGUUGUUUUAUUUGCUGUUUUAUUUUGCAGAAUACCCGUGGACCUCUAUCCUACCCCAUUUAAGGUAACGUUGACUCUCACAGCUUCAAUUGAGGACACUGAAACGACCGUGACGAUGGAAAUGAAAACGUCAGCUUUAAAAGAAAGGGGGGCACGCAUACUGUAGCACAUUCAAUAUGGAGCUUAAGCAAUCAUGACAAACACGGGAACGAGAACGUGAAAAACAAUUGGUUUUAUAAGCAAAAAACAACUCUGCGCGGGCAUCACACUUUUUGAUACUAUUUGAAAAACGAGUUCGCCUCGAGUUUUUAAACCUGAUAAUAUACUCCCGUGAGUUUUUUGAAAGGCUUCAAAAUCUCUGAUAUAGAUCAACUCAUUCUUGCACUAAUAUUUAGUUUUGCGCGGGGCUAUUUUGGUCUAAAAAAAAAAUAGACGUAAAGUUUAGCGGCGUCUUUAUCAGAUAUAAAGACACUCAUUUAACAUUCAUGUCUUUUGUUUUUCUUUAUGAAUUAUUAAUAAGUUUUUGAAGUAAGUUUUUUUAACUUCGGCAGCACAACUACAGGCCCCUGUAGGCCAAAAGCUGGAUAACGCUUUCCGCUGGAUAAAUCUCUAUCCAUUGGAUAACGCAAUUGGUUUCUGUAAUACUUAUCCGCUGGUUAGUGAUUUAUCCGAUGGAUAGCGCUAUCUAACGUUUGAACAACUGGGGCAGGUGCGAAAAAAUGCUAACAUGACGUUUUAUACAGGACGUGAAAACACGACGACAAAUUUUCUUUUCUCUUUUGAAUUUGGCUGAGAAAGUGGCAUGGGAUUUUUUAACCAGUCAGAGACGCAGUGGGGAAAACGCUUUGAGAACGUAUCAUAUCUCCGAUUGGCUGAGAUAUUGACCCGUGAUUUGUUGACCAAUCAGAGACACAGCAAUGCACGCGUUGGGCAAGUCACGUAGCUCUGAUUGGCUGAGAAAGUGGCAUGAGAUUUCUCAACCAAUCAACGAUGCAGGAUUGUAACUAGUUUUGUCACUAAUUGAAAUUGCUACUGAGGUGUCAGUGUCAACUCUCUAACUCUUUUAUUUCUUUAAAACAGGAGCUUCACAGCACCCUUUUGUCAAGACUAAACGAUAUUUACAUCGCGAGCUUGAGCAGAAAGCAUUUGACCUUACAAGCGCGUAAGCCAGAAGCUAUCAAGACUUUCGAACCGAAGUUCGAGGAACAGUAAGUCGGGAUAUUCUUUUUGGGGCUUUGACAUUCGUUCUUGUUGCUCUAGACUGCACCGCAGACUGACUCUAACCCCGCUAAGUAACGUCUGUGAAGCAGCCCUGAUAUCCUUGUUAUGGGUACCCAAGGGACCCAACUAGUUACCGGAAAUGCGCUUUGAAUUCCCCUUCAACCUGAUAGGCAAAUCGACAAUGGGUUAUUUAACAGACCAAUCAUGGCGCAUACUCAAAUCCUGGGACACAGGUGGGGACCCAGAACAAGGAUUUCGCCGCCGUUACUCAGACGGACUUAACCAGAGGUUUAGUUCUGUCUGUGGCGCAGGCUAUUGUUGCUCUAACUUGGUAAAGGAGAUACCAGGCGAAACUUUACCUGCGGAGCGUGUUGGAUUAUUUUUGUGUCGAGCUAAGCUUUAAUUCGUGAGCAAGCGUUUGGCUUGGGACGUUAGAGUGUGGUAGAUAGUCCACUCCUCAGUGGACAACUGGGAAAAGCAUCGUCUAAAUCAACCAGUCAAUCGCAUUAACGAAAGUCCUACACUUUCGAGAUUGCUCAGUAUCAUUUACGUUUUUUGUUAAAUUUAAUUGCAGUCGUUUUGAUUACUUUAUUUUGCUAUGGUAACGGACAAAGAUGUGAUCGUUUUAAAAAUCGCGGUUAGCUCUCAGUGAAGGCUGAGGAACGUUUCUAUUUUAUCACUCAGAGAAAAUGUUUGCGAUCGUUGCGCCAUGGAGGACAGCUGCUUGUCAACUAGCUGUGCAAAGGUUAAAUAAUUUGCUCUAAUAAACCAUUUUUUUUUCGUCCGUUUUGAAGUUACGAAGUCCGAUCAAGACGCGGAGCAGGGAACAAGGCAUCAAACGAAAAACAGAAACUGAGAUACAAGUACAAGAAGGAGUUUAAGGUUGGACUAUAUUUUUCCUCUGGCUAUAACCUCCGCCUAAGAAAUGGAUAUUACAUGGCCACGCGAAGAUACGAAAUUUCUUGUAGUAUAAAAUAUUUCUCCACGCGAGAAGAGAAAUUUCGUACCUCCAAAGUUGUGAACAUUUUAACGUCAUUUCUGUGUCUAUACUGUAGUGCAGACCUGGGAAAUUUUUUUUCUUUUUGUUUUAUUUAUUUAUUUAUCUUUCAAUAACAUUGACAGUUUUUUACUAUCCUUGUCCGGUGAACUUUUUUGGAAAAUUGCGUUUGAAAUUGCGCUAUUAUGACGUCAUUUCCAUGGUUUAAACUCUCCUGGACCAUAACCUUGGACCAAUCAGCGAGCGAGAAAUCCCUUAGUUAUUGUCAAAAUAAAAAAAAAAUCAGUAAUCGCUGAAUUGUUGUUAAGCGAGCGCGCUGACAAAUAAUUUCCAAAUGUGGUGCUUAUUUAAAGAGGCUCUCUUUCCAGUAAAUAUGUCAAGAAUUCACUUUGGCCAACCAUUUUAUCCAACCAUUGUUUCUGUAGACGGUGACAAGAAAGCAAAUAAUACAAUGGACUCAAAAACAUUGGUCUACAUUCAUUCAAUUUGAUUGUCUUUUCCCAAAACUUUCUCAACAAAAAUGCACUGUCCACGUACGAGCAAAGCCAGCGCGCCGAUCAUAAGAUUUUACAAUUCUCAUUCAUAACCUUCGCAUCCUUCAAAGGUUGUCCCAUGCACGAUAAUCACGUGUUCAGUUUCUGUCUUCUUGUGACUCGCUAGGGUGCUAUACGAGAAAUAAGAAAAGACAACAAGUUCCUGGCCAAACAAAAACUGCAAGAACAGCUAGAAAAGUAAGUGAAAAGUAGAGAAGUCAUGCAAGUAUUGAGAUAGAAAGGGAGUUUAAGGAAUGCUGGUUGAUUGUGACUGAAAAAUAAUGACAUAACGUCAAUCCUUUUGAAGCAAUUGUUCUAUUCAUUACUACUUUAUUAUUACAUGCAAUUAAAUACUGUCUUUUUUAUAUUUUAGGGACGCCGAGCGAAUGCGUAAGGUGAAAGAAAUAGAGCACAUGCUAUCUAACCAGCAAGCGGAAACCAACGCAAUGAACCGCAAAAAGAGAAAAUUGGGCAAAUAGUGAUUGAAGAAGCAAAACAAUGCACGUGACUUGCACGUGGCGUGCACGUGCUUCUACAAGAAAGGUUCAAACGAUAUCGAGUAGAUGUCGAUUUUAGUUUGUCAACACAUGGACCGUCUGACGUGCACUGUCAGUUAUGUCUGCAGAGGUCUUUCAUAAAAAUACAUUUAUUUUUUACAGUGCUGCCGUUUAGCGUAGUAUUCAGGAAAAGUUUGUAAAUUAUUUUAAUGUCAUUCUUCGUUUUUACAGUGAAACCUUAGUUCCGUUGUAAACUACCCCGUGUAUACACGAAACUCGGAUAUAAUAAAUGAAAAUACCCCUCCCCUCCCCUCUCCUCCCCUCUCCUCCCCUCCCUAACUGCAGUAAAGUGAAUUGUUUUGGACUCCGAUUUAAACUACCUCAGCCGUCCCUUGGAACUUUUUUUAUAUCAUGCUUCCAUUGUACUCGCAACAUGAGCUGGACAUUCAGUGGUGUUUCCUAAAAAUACCGUAAUUCAAAGAAUGACUUUAGCCUCGUAUUCAGUUUACUUCCAAUCUCCUUUUUUGUAACACCAUUCAACGCGAACAGCAAAUGCAGUGGCUUUUCCUAAAAAUACCGUAAUUUCAAAGAAUGACUUAAGCCUCAAUAUUCAGUUUAGUUCUAAUAUCCUUCGUUCUAGCUCGUUCUAAUGCCAUUUAACGCCAGUUGCAUAUGCAGUGGCUUUUCCUAAAAAUACCGUAAUUCAAAGAAUGACUUUAGCCUCGUAUUCUGUUUCACAGUAAUUUUCAAGGACUUAUAAUAACUCCUCUAGUGGGGCUAAUUUAACUCCUUACAGUGAAGUUAUUUUUGGAGGAGCUAUUUUAACUCCAAAAGGGAGUCUUAUAGAACUCUUUUUCAGUAGUAAAAGUGACCCAGAUAUUGAGGAGUUAAAAUAACCCCAAAAAGAGUAAAAACAACCCACGUAAGGAGUAAAAGUAACCCCAUUUCGGAGUUAUUUUAACUCCAGACUCGGAGUAAAAAGAACUCUUUUUCAGGAGUAAAAAUGACCCCAAAUUCGGAGUUAAAUUAGGAGUUAAAAUAACCCCCAAAAAGGGGUUAUCCUGUACCGAAAAUUUCUACUCCGUUUUUGGAGUUAUAAUAACUCCCUAAAAAUUACGGUGUAGUUCCAAUCUCCUUUGUUCUAACACCAUUCAACGCGAACUGCACAUGCAGUGGCUUUUCCUAAAAAUACCGUAAUUCAAAGAAUGACUUUAGCUUUAAUUUUCAGUUUAGUUCCAGCGUUCUUUGUUCUAAUCCCAAUCAACGUGUGCGGCAUAUGCAAUGGCUUUUCCUAAAAAUACCGUAAUUCAAAAAAUGACUUUAGCCUCGUAUUCAGUUUAGUUCCAAUGCCUUUGUUCUAACACCAUUCAACGCGAACUUCACGAGCAGUGGCUUUUCUUAAAAUUGCCGUAAUUUAAAGAAUGACUUUAGCUUCAAUAUUCAGUUCAGUUCCAUUGCCUUUGUUCUAAUACCAUUUAACGCGAACUGCACAUGCAGUGGCCUUUCUUAAAAAUACCGUAAUUGGAAGAGCGACUUUAGCGUCAAUAUUUAGUUUAAUUCCAGUGUUCUUUGUUCUAAACCAUUCAACGCGAACUUCACGUGC